AUGCUGGCCUCCAAUGCCCACCACCUGAGCAGAGACAGUAGGAUCAGUCCAUCGGCACAGACCGUCCCCUUCUACCCUCCAAAGGUGUGGGUUGGUGAGAGUGCCACUGGCAGGAUCCUCAAAAUGGGGCAUUCCGAGGAUGGUGAGUGGCUGAGCUGGCUCAGAUCCAUUGGAUCCCAAGUCAACCCCACUGCUGUCAGGUGAUGGCAUUGAGACAGAUAUGGGUCCAAUGGGAAAAAAAUAAAAUUUAUCUUAAAAACCAUUGUAAACAGCUAAAAUCUGUAGGACUGGAAUAACCCCUGUAGUUUAGGGGUGAAUUUUGGGCAUAAUGGAAAUGUAAAAGCCUUGGAUUAUAAUACAAGAUGCAGGAGGAAAUGAUUAACAAUAGGACCCACAAAGGGGAUGAGGGAAGUCCAAGAGAUUCCUUGGAAUCUUGUUUUUAUGUUGUAUGUUCAAUAUGUGAUUGAAAAACUUUAAUCUGAAAAAACCAAAUAAAUAAAUAAAUAAUAAAGAUAUGGGUCCAAUCCGCCUGUUCACAGCAGCCCCACCUGGUAUCAGCUGAAGUUAGGACUGCUCCCUAAAUUCUGUUGUUAAGGUAAAACAAAAUGCUUUAAGUACUCAAAACACCUAUAAACUAAAAAAUCAGAUGGAAACAUUAAUAAAAAUCAUUUGAGGCAUGCUUAACAUGUUGCAUUACAUUUAAGAUCAGGGCUUCUGUCACAUCGGCAACAGCUUUUUGAAAAAUGGAUUUAAAACUACAGGCUAAAGAGCAGCCUUUGUAUUGCCAAGGCUAUGAUAUCACAAUACACUGGUGGCUUUUAUGAGUGGGAACCUGAAAAGGGGAACCUGAAAAAGAAAGCAGUGAAGUCAUCCAGAUACACAAACUGCUUGCACUUCCACCAAUUCAAAUCUAGCCAAGUGAAGAACUCUGCAGGUCCUGUUUUAAGAGAUGAAAAGAAACAAUCUGCUUAACGUUCUGUGUGACUAACGGCAUGUUGCUACAACCAAUGGGAAGGAAGCUGGUCAUUUGGUUCCUGUCAGCUGAUUUAUGACUAAUGUGGAAGCGAGUGACAGCAUACAUUAAAUAUAAACAGUUGUACGCCACAGGCGCUGCCAACAGAGACUCUAUGGGACAGGAAAAGAGCAGCACACAAAGGCGAACGAGGAACAUAGGAAGCUGACUUGUACGGAGCCAGACCAGUGCUGUCCACACACUUGCUGGUAGCAAAUCUCCAGGAUUACAGCCAGAAGUCUCUCCCAGCCCUAUUUAGAGAUGCCACAGAACGAAGCUGAGACCUUUUGCAUGCAAAGCAGAUGGUCUUCCAUUGAACUAGGGCCCUUCCUCAAUUCAAUCUUGUACACACUUAAUUGGGACUAGGUCCCAUUGAACUCAAUGUCAUUCAUUUUGAAUAAGCGUGCUUAGAUUUGCACUGAAAAUAGAUACUGCGAGUACAUUUUUGUUUGGCUCCUUUCUCCCAGUCAAGUUCCUCUUUCGUUGUUGGCUUGGAACAUGUAUCUAGGUCAGGCUUGCGAACACUUUCCCCUUAGCUGUCUCAUCCCUGUAGUGUAGCUCAUUGGCAGCAAAGUGGUUAAGACGUAUCUGUGGCAACAUUAAUAAUGAUACUAUGCCAGUAUCAUGGGACGCAGGUGGCGCUGUGGUCUAAACCACAGAGCCUAGGGCUUGCCAAUCAGAAGGUUGGCGGUUUGAAUCCCCGCGACGGGGUGAGCUCCCAUUGCUCGGUCCCAGCUCCUGCCCACCUAGCAGUUUGAAAGCACGUCAAAGUGCAAGGAGAUAAAUAGGUACCGCUCCGGCGGGAAGGUAAACAGCGUUUCCGUGCGCUGCUCUGGUUUGCCAGAAGCGGCUUAGUCAUGGUGGCUGCAUGACCCGGAAGUUGUACGCCAGCUCCCUUGGCCACUAAAGCGAGAUGAGCGUUGCAACCCCAGAGUUGUCUGCGACUGGACCUAAUGGUCAGGGGUCCCUUUACCCUUUACCUUUAUGCCAAUGUAUCAGCCUGCUCUUGACAAUGUCAUGUCCUCAAGUUUUCACUAAUUCAUUUCAUUCAUCUUCACAACAACCCAGUGAUUCAGGGGUAGUAAAUCACAGUUAAAACAAAUGAAAUAUUAACGUAUUUCAAUCAGAUGAUUUCCCCCAUCUUGAUUUGGAAGUAUGACUCUUGUAUUUGCUUCUCUGAAUGUGCAGGUAAGUAAUGAAUGAGGAACAGGGUUGACGUGAAUCCUGCACUCUAGAGGACAGUGUCUGAAGAGUAGCCAGAGAACAGCCCUUUAUUUGAAAGGUUGUCUGUUUGGCUUAAAGGGGGUGGAACCCUGUAAGAAUGGAUUGCAGAUGCCUUGACGUUGCUCAUCAACAGCUAGUAGCUGGCCAAAAGACUGGAGAGCACAUAGGCAAUCUGGUCACAGGCUUCUCCACUAUGGUAAAAUAUAUUGAAUUUCUAUGUAAAUUACUGUAAUUAUUCCUAAAUUUCCAUAUACUGUAUACACAUAAAUCAGCGUAUGCAAAUGCAAAUGUGUCUUCUUUUGGGUGUGUAUGAUUACUUUCAUCUUUGGGGCGAUGCAUAAAUGUUUGGAUGUCCAGUAGCUAUGUGGAAUAUAACUGAAAAUCUUGCAUGUUCCGGAUCACAAUCCAUGGUUUAGGUCAGGGGUCAGCAACCUUUUUCAGCCGUGGGCCGGUCCACUGCCCCUCAGACCAUGUGGUGGGCCGGACUAUAUUUUUGGAAAAAAAUAUGAAUGAAUUCCUAUGCCCCAUAAAUAACCCAGAAAUUCAUUUUAAAUGAAAGGACACAUUCUACUCAUGUAAAAACACGCUGAUUCCUGGACUGCCCAUGGGCUGGAUUGAGAAGGUGAUUGGGCGCAUCUGGCCCCCGGGCCUUAGGUUGCCUACCCCUUGUUUAGGUGAUAGCACUUCUGAAUUGCUGUAAAGCUGUCUCUUAUUACUGCAUUGCAUAUUAUAGCAGCCUCUUAGCUGCAUCUAAGAACAAAGGCAGUGGAUUAAAAUUCUCUGACCACUUGCACUGUCAGCUGGUCCCAUCCUCAUAGGAAAACUUAAUAAUUAAACUGUGAGUAAAAUCACACACAAAAAGUCAAAGUUACUGCUAUACAUAUAAACUAAGCACAUUUGAAGCUAUUUUUUCUUGCUGUGAGCAUGAUAUUUCAAUGAACAGUAAGCCUUCUAAAUGACACCUUAAUUUAUCUCCAGUUAAAGACACUAUUAUUUAAUUAAUAAACUACAGGGAGAACAACCUGGCAUUAUCUGUUUAAGGGGAGUUUAUCUGAUGGCUAAAAAAGUUGCUGUCAGAAUCAGACAGCUUAACAGGAAGGCGAGUUUGCCUGAACAGAGGAUAUGGAUGACUGGGAGAUUUCAUCACCUUGUUACUUUAUAAAGCCAAUGGCCACGUUUAGUGAAGAAUGUCAUGUCAGGUGCCUGCUUUCCUAUUGGCUGUCACAGGACUACAGAUAAACCUUUCAGCAUGAAGGUAAUGAACUAGAAAAGCAAGGACCUCAUGCUGUUCCUCCGAAUAAAACAGGGUUUGUUAGGUCACAAUGGCAGGUCUUCAUUUUCAGUCAAGCAAUUUGAAAUAUUUCUUCCUAGAAUGCAGUAUUAUUUCUUAAAUUAAUGAAGUUUUGAAAACUGCCAAGAAAAGACUGUGUACACACAAACAUGGUUGGAAAUAGCUGGAAUUCUUCACCAUCAUACGGUAUGGCAUCCAUUUAACGUGCAACUUAGAUAAAAAUGCCAGCAGUCUAAAUUUUUCAUCUGGUGCAGUAGCACUGACCUGGAAAUGUAGGGAAAUACUAUCAAAGUCCUUCUUAUGCUUGCAAGUGGCAAUUUUCUUGCUUCAGACUAUCUGAGACUGCAGUUUUUAUAAGCAUAACUGAUCUCAUGAGUACUUACUUCUUACUAAUUGCACAUAGGACCACACAUGAUGGUGAUGAUGAUGAUGAUGAUGAUAAGGCACCCUAGUCCAUGGUCAGGGAGCCAGACAGCAGCCCAUCAUAACCUUUGACCUGAAUAUUCAGCUGCUACCUGGUAUUAAGGAAAGGUCGAGGGAUGUUGUGGAUACUUACUGCCACUCCACAUUGUUCUUUUCUAUGAAAUACCUUGUGGCUCCUUCUGCUUCCUACAGCAGUGGGAGGUUUAGAGAAACUCUUCACUGAAAACAGCUGCUUGGGCCAAUUUCACACUUAAUCGUGCUUUUAUUCAAGCCUGGAUGAGCUUGCUGAGGGAGUGGAACGCCUAAGCAGACCCUUUUAAAAGCAGCAGUAAUAUAUUUUGCAUACUCAUUAUCCCGGGGAUUUCAUGAAUGUUAGAGAAGCUGAGACUCAUUAAGUUCUCUCAGUGGCACAAAAACAGGCCGCAAAGAAGCCAUCCAGACAAUAAACAAGAGAGAGAUUCAAGCAUAUUUUCAUGUUGUCCCAAAGUCGUCUGCCUUUGAUACGCAUACAACAGAUGCUUGAGCAGUCCUGGGCAGCUGAUCUGGAAAACAAGAAGCAAUUCUCCAGACUGGGCUGGGCAGCUGCUUCAGGCACUUGUCAAGAAGCCACCAAUUAAAGAUUUUUUUAUUUUAAUAAAGCAUCAUUAGCUGGCAUUUUAAUCUAAUGUCCUCCUUGUAUUGCAAACUCUAAACGAAUGUGAUGUUUUGAAGUUCCUAAAGGAAAUAUAUACAUUGUUAGAUGAUUUACAGUUUAUUAAACAAUUGGUCGAAGGAAAUGCUAUAUUUAAUAUUUUAUUUUUUUAUUACAAAACAGAAUACUGAAUAUGUUAUUUUGUAGGCCGCCAUUCAAGGUUGCCCAUCUCAGUAUUCCCUAUGAUGGCAAACAGCUUUGAAUUAAACAAGCCAAUUUUAGUUUGCAGUUGACAUUGUAGACUCUUGGAACGCAACCCUGUGCCACAAGGGCCAAGUUACAUGUAAUGUUGAAAGCACUUUUCGUUACAAUGCUUAUAACUUGGCCAUGGCAAAAGCAGCUGGAGAGAGAAGUGGCCUGGAUUGGAGCCAUGGCACACAGUAAGGGGAAGUUCCACCUCCCAUCAGCUCCAGCCAGCAUGGCCAAUAGUCAAGAAUACAGGGAGCUGUCAUUAAACAACAUCGGGAGGCUCUCAGGUCCCCCAUGUGUGCUCUAGUGGGUGUGAGUGGGACUAUCUGCUAGGAAAAUGUAUACCGCGGGAGAGGGAACUUUUUUUUCAGUCUGAGAGCUGCAUCGUCUCAUGGGAAGCCUUCCAGUUGUGGGUGACAUGAGAGGAAAAGGCAAAAGUGGGCACAACAAAGAAUGUGACUCUUACACUUCCACAGUCCGCUACAUUCCAGCCACUUUCAUGCCAGAGGCUUCUGCACUUGUGCAUCUUUCCAUCCAGGCAAGAAAGAGUUAUUAAAGGUACAAGCGCCUUGUCCUCUUUUGUAUCUCUCAACCCUAUCAAGUAGGUCAGCAUUAUUACUGCAGAUGGAGGGCUGAUGGAGGCUGAUGGAGGACCAAGGCCAUUAAGAGAUGGGAUUUGAAGCAGGGACUUUCUGAUUCACAGCUUGGACUCCGAGCCACUCUUCUGUACAGUGGCAUAGCAAGGUCAGGUGGUACCCGGUGCAGAAAAUUUCUUGUCAACCCCCCAUUGAUUUUUUUUUCUUUUUGCCUGCAAAAAUUGUUUGACUUUCUUUCAUAUUUUUUGGGGGGGAGUUGUUGAGCUUUUUCUGUGGCGAUCACGUGCCUUGCGACAAAGAGUCUGCCUGCCGCCCUAUGGCUGAGGGGGAGCCAGCGGGUGGGAUGUUUUGGCAGCGGGAAGCCUGCGCUCGCCAAAGCCACAGCGUCUCUCACAGACAUUGAGUGCCACACAGCAUUUUGUCACCCCCCAGGACUGACCGCACCCACUGCACCCACCUUGCUCCGCCCCUGCUUCUGUACCAACUUUAUACAAAAUGCUUAAAUUUAAUCUUGUUGUCAAUGUUCUAUUCCCCGCCCCGCCCCCUGACUUCCUUCUGCUCUUGGCCUUGCAUACUUCUGAAAAGAUGGAUGUGAAAUCAGUCAACACUGUAUUGGCUCAACAUAUGUCAAGGAUGUGGAAACAGUCAGGGGCUCAAGCAGAGAGAGGGAGGAUAGAUGGCAAUGCCAGUUGUUAAUUGUAUUGGGAGCAGUUGGUAUACCCUGUUCAUAUACAAUGCAAGUCCUCAAGGCCUCACAAUGUCUCUGAUUAGUCUCCCCUGCCUUAACCCAUUCCAUUCACAGUAAUUUGACUACCAGCGUAUUCACUCAUUGUGAUCAGUUACACAAUGGCUUUUCCUUACUUUCUCCCCUCCCUCCAUGCUUUUAUUCUCCCUUUCUUUCUCCCUUUCUUUCUUUUGAAUGGCUGUCACCUUUGUUUGGGGUAUCGAGCAGACACAAUAGCCGUGAGAGGGCCAGAAAAUGGUCUCCUGGUCCAGUUUUGUCUACUGCAACUCUCCAAGCCAUUCAGCACUGAUAUAAAUUAGAGGGAGGGGGCAGGACCCAGCAAACGCUGUCAGAAGCAGGGAGGAGAGAAAGCAUCUGGGCCAUCCAAUCUGUGCCAAAUUCAGAAAAGCAAACCAAGCGUGAAUUCAGAUGAAAAUAAUGAAUUGUUGGGGGAUGGGAAGGAGAGCGGAAGGGAAAUGGGAUGUCAAAGGUCAUUCAACAACUGGGUUCUGAGGGGUAGGCAGGGUGGAACAACAGUAUGGAUGAUGGAGAGAAUUACGUGUUGGGUGUUUUUCUUUUUCUUUUACAUAGUUUCGUUGUUAACACCAGUGGUUAAGGGAAGAGAGACUAGGAAACGAGGCUCAAAGACAAAUAGUCGAGUAUCAUUCCAUGACUUUUUGAAAGAAAAAGUCAGCAAAAAGAUUGAAGGUUCUGAGGAAUUUUUUUGCACAUAGCACCAGAAGAACCUUUGUCACUCUCAUAUGGUUUUGUUGAAUGGUGUUUUUGUGCAACCUGAUUUUUAAAAUCCAAUGAACACUGUAACCCAUGUAGAUUUUACACUCCUACCCACUGCACAUAGGUGGUGGGGAACACUUUCACACCAUACAUAAAAUAGUCUGAAUCCUGCGCAUGUUCAUUUAGAAGCCAGUCCCACAAUUUUGUGGCUGUCUGGUGAACUUUCAUAGCACAUAUAAACAAUCACUUUGGAUUUAUAUUUCACCCAAGUAAGUGUGGCUUCAUUUGGUAGAAUUCACAAGAUACUUAUUUUCUGCUGCUGCAACCUGUGGGGUGGUGUGCUGCCCCUGUUGCUUUUAUUGGAUGGGGCCCUAUUUGCCCAGUUCUUGACCACCAUGGUCUUAUCACCCUGAACAGCAGUGUGGAGGGAGACUGCAGUGUGGAGGUUUUUGCUGUUGUUACAGCUGUGUUUUGUUUAUAUCUGCUAUAUGCUUCCCUUUUGUAUUGGUACAGGCAUAUCAAUGUAAUAUUAAAUUAAAAUAAGUCAGUCUCACAUUAGCAUGUGUACGAUGACAGCUUAUUCCAGCUGGCUUAAACAGUGUUGCACUUUAGAUAACCCAUAUCCAAAAUGGACAUGACCUAUCAGGAUAAAGAGUAAAAGAAUUGCUGGUCUUACUCCUACCCACCCCACACUUUCGACAUGCUUAAAAAGUUCACUUCAAACCAGUCACCACUGAUUUCCGGUAAUGAACUAACCCAAGCAGAUAGGCAUCUUGUUGCCUGUCAAGUAUAAAUCCCACGUAAUGUAGGUCAGGCAAAGAGAUCUCCUUGGCCUUAAUUAGAGCUGGCAACAAGGAGCCCCUCCAUCUGCAUUGUUCUCUUCCUCUUUGUUCAGCCAUCGAAGGCCUGGGCCAACUGGGAAUAGUGUUCCCGCUUGAUCACAAAGGUGCCCUGGCUGGAAACUCCGUUCCAAUUAUUUCAUUGCAGUCUGUGUUGUCUCUUGUCUUCAUCAUUCCAGGGGGCUGAAAUCCAAUAUUCCCAAAGAACACACGGCUUUCAUUCUCAACAUUUGUGUAAGAUUCCAUAGCUUAAUUCUUGUCUCCAAAGAUCAUACAUGAUAUGUCUUGGUUAGAGUUGCAUAAGAGGAAAAGGGUGAAAUAUGUUUCACAGCAAAGCUCCCGCUUUUCUUCCUCACUUUAAUACCUUACAUUGCUUCUGGUCCAAAUCCUGAUGGAUUUAACUUGAAACAACCGUGUGCUUUGCUCUAAUGAGUCCAUGGUUAAGAAGUUUGCACACUCUGGUCAUGACCCUCUUUCCUGUAUGCUUAAGGCCUCUAAUACUUCAUCUCCUUCAGGGCGCCAAAUAUUCACCACCUUUCAGCUUUCUCCUAACCCCCUCCCACCAGCUUUGGCCACAUGUACACCAUGUAUUUAAAGCUAUUAUGGUACCACUUUAAAGAGCCAUGGCUUCCUCCAAAGAAUUCUGGGAGCUGUAGUUUGUUAAGGGUGCUGAGACCCCUAUUCUCUUCACAGAACUACAGUUUCCAGAGUUCCCUGGGUGGAGGGAUUGACUGUUAAGUCACUCUGAGGAAUGUAGCUCUGUUAGGGUAAUGGAGUCUUCUAACAACUCUCAGCAUCUUUAACAAACAACAGCUCCCAGAAUUCUUUGGGGGAAGCCAUGAUUGUCCAAAGACAUGGUGCUUUAAGUGUAUGGUGUGAAUGUGCUCUUUGUCUCCACUGUGCUCCUCAUUCUCUCCUAGGGAUUGCCUUCCAAGCUCUUUCACUCAAGGCACCCAAGUUCACUGUAGGCCCCUAUCAAAUUCCUUGGUGUUUUUUGUUGUUGUCAUUGCUAACCUUGCGUCUCCCAAGAUGCCACAGUUGCCCCACCACCUGCCUUAGCUGUGGCAUGCUUUAAGUAUUAGAUUUACUCAGCCUUGUCACUUUGUUCAGCCUCACUUUUCAGUCUAUAAACUAGGAACAACGACCCAUUUCACAUAGCUAUUGUGAGAAGGAAGAGAUUAGUAUCAAAUAAGCCCGUGAGUAGAUUUUAUUUUUUAAAAAUUCAAAGCCACAGUCAGCGAGACCAUUUCUUAAGUAUAACUUGUUCUCUGAGGAUGUCUGUGGUUUGCAUUGCUAACUUUGGAAGCCAUGCUGUUAUGGAAAAAGGAAAAUUGAUCUCCACUGGGAUUGGCAUGGCAGAAUUAUUCUUAGAGGGCAGUAAGUGACUCUUCCAAGUGUUUGGAAUGCAAGCCUUUUACAAUCUAGGUUGAACCAAAAAUUUUCAGAAAAUGAUUUUCUGGCCAUUAAAAAAAAAAAAUUGUUUUAAUGGCUUCCUGACCUCAUCCUCUCCUGAAUGAUAUUUGGUGACAUAGCCUCCAGAAUUUUGCCACAUGAGAAUAGGAUGGAGAAUUUCAGGCAGAACCGGGGUUGGCCCUACAGUGAGGUAGCAGCCUAAUGAGGUAGAUGGGACAGCAAUGUUUUGGAAGACAGAGGUAUAUGCACCACAUAGCCUUUCUGGCUGUGUCCCCUUUGCUGCCCUGCUGCCCUCAGGUGUGAUAAAGCACAUUGUCCUGACUAGAACUUGGGAACCUCACUCACCCAGAAAGCUCAUUGGAUGAACCCUUGGGCUAUUCACUAUCUCUAAGCCUAGGCUGCAUUGUAGGGUUGCUGUGAGGAUGAAAUGGAGGUGGGGAAAAUCAUGGACACUGCCUUGAGUUCCUUGAAGGAAAGGUAGGAUAUAAAUGUAGAAAAUAAUAAAUACUGUAAUGAUGAAGUAAGAUUCAGCUGACAGUCCAGUUGGCUUUUGUAAAUGGAAUACGAGGUUGAUGUCUUCUUACCCUUCACCUCAGGCAGAAAAAAGAUUUGAGUCAGCUUGGUUCACAUCUGUGGAUUCAGUUUUAAUAUAAUUUAAUAAUAGUUUUAAUAUUGUUGAAGGGACAAAUGGAGUUGGGUCCUUUUUUUAGCCCUCCUUUUUUAGCUCCUUGCUUCCUUCACUCACCAGUAUGAACUAAAAUAGUUUCAUUCAAUAUUAAAUGAGCUGAAAUUUUUCAAAAGAGAGGGUUUUUGGGGGGGACGGAUGGACUGAUGUAGGAUCCCACACCCACACUCUAAGGAAUAUUUGUCACAAUCCCCCCAUUUUGCCACUUCUAAUAGUAUGGAGAAUUUUAGGAGGGCAUUUUUGCUCAUCUCCAGGACAAACAACCAGCGGCAGAGGAAGCCACUCAGGCGCCUGGGACGGCGUGCCCAGGAGCAGGGUGAGCCGCCCAUAGGGGCGGGGUGCACUGCGGGACCUCCGGAGUCUGCCUCCCUCCUGCCACUCAGCCUCCCUACAGCUGGGGGGAGGCAGCGGGUGGACCGUUUGGGCAGGGCAGAGCCUGUGUGAGCCCAAGCCACUGCGUCUCUCCCAGGAGAGACAUGUGGCUUGGGCACACUGCAGGCCCCGUGAUGAGUGCCACCUGGAAUUUUGUCACCCCCCUCAGUGGUGGCACCCAGGGUGGCCCGCGCCCCCUUCCUCCGCCCCUGCAAACAACUGCUAGUUCGGAGGCUAAAAUCCAUUGCUUGUCAGAAUGUGUACAAAGGAAGUGGAAUGACAUUUAAAAACUUUUGGGAAACUGAAUAGACGAUGCAGUGAAUCUGGUGCAGCUUGCGUGCUUGCUGUUGGAUCCCUGUAAUAUCUGCCCAAUAUUUACAUUUGUACAUCAGAGACACUGUACAUCAACUGUGACUGAAAUUCCUUCUCUAAAGGAAAUCUAUUCUGUACAAGCUAUCCUGGAUUUCCCACUGCUUGGGGGAAGAGAGAGCAUGAAACUAUAUGCUCCCUUUUGAAAGGCUAUCGGGACUGGGAGAAGUUCCUCUGAAGAGUGAGUUUGCCUUUCCCUUAUAUUAUCCAGAACUGUUCCUGUUUUCCUAUUGUUUCCUGAGGCAAAAUUAGAUUUCUUUUGUCAUCCAAAUAGAUGAAAUCUUGGGGGAAGAUGUGCAUUAAUGUGGUGCACUUCCUGUCCCACUGCUGCUGCUGUUUUUCUUGCCUCAAAGGCAACCUCAGGAUGUGCCUUUUCCAGUUCCUCCAGCAAUUUCUUCAUUCUGAUGUCCUUAAACAAUUAGUUUGCAGUAGCUGUGAACUCUGCCCCCACCAUGCCUGCAACCCGCUUGAACAAUUGGAUUCUGUUUGUUGUUUUCCUUCCUGCAAAGGGUGCAAUAAAGCUAAUAUUAAGGCAAAACCAACUACUAAACAGGUAGACAGUAAAGAAGUUUUAACAGUCUUUCUAGCUUCUGCAGCAAACCACAGCGGCAGCACAUGCAUUCGUUUGAAAAAUAUUAUGAUUGUCAUAGAUACUGUACAGCUAAUUUAUAACAUAAGCAAAAAUAUGCACAUCAUUGUUCUGGAUUGUUCUUGUUUAUGUUACUCUUUUUAAAGGGACAAAAUUUAAACAAUCUGGAGAGGGAGACUACUGCAAUGAAUUCUAUAUAGUGCUGUUUCUGAAGAGUGCUCAGAAAAUACAGCUAAACCAUAUGAUGGUAGCAAGAUUGGCAUCUGGCAUCAGCCAAAAAGGACAUACAGCAUCUGCUCUCAGGUAAUUGUACCGCUACACCUCUGGGAAUAAUUUAAAGUGCUGAUCUUUACUUUCAAAGCCUUAUACUGUUUUAUAUCAAAAGGUGCAUCUCUUACUCAGUAUAUCCUCUUGCGCACUGAUAUCAGCCAGAAAAACUACACAGCAUAGUUAUCAAGCUGAGGCCAUUCUCCAUGAUGCCACCUCUUCCAGGCAACUUCUUGCAUGGAGAGGCCCAACUGGCCAGCAUCCUACUUAUAUUUAGGGCGGAUAGUUAGAAUAGUGUUGCCCUCUUAGACUACUGCUUAAAACUGUGGUUCAAACUGCUGCAUGGGAUUGUUUUGGUCCCAUGUUGCCAUUUAAAUUGAGCCUGGAGGUGUAACCAACUUUUUAUUUCUUUUGCUGCUAUUUUGAAUAUAUUUAGGAUAGAUACUUUCUUUAGCUCAGAAGUGUGGUAAAAAAUAAAGUACGAAUAAUACUCCAUAGCACAAUUAUUGCAACACUUAACAUGUUAAUGAUCACAAAUCACACUGCAAUCCAGAAAGCAGAACCCAGAUCACAACCCACCCUUUCCCUGUAUGCUUUGGCUUAACCCUCAUUCUUCAAUCCAUGAAUGAAGAUAUCAUAUUUGCUCGCAUCCAUUCAUUAUGUUUCUUUGCCUCUAGCUCCUUUGAUGGUCUUUUCCCACCUGUUGACUUUUCCAUAAUGUCUAAAUGUAGACUCUAAGCCCCUUGCUUGGGCUUUGCUUCUGUCACUCCAUUAGCCUGCCACACACACGGAUGGCACCAUCUCUGUAAAAUUUAAAAUGCUUUUAGGUUGGCCCUAUCAGAUCAUUCUGCAAAAUUAAACCGUAACCUAUCAUUUGGCGUUGGGAGGAUAUCUCACAGGAACUGCAGUGCCUGGUUUCCAUAUUUAGCUCUCGCAGGGCAGUUUUCAUAGCAGGAAGCCUAGGUCAGACAUAUGGCACCUGAUCUUAAGGCUUUAUCAAAUGAGAAGCUAGAUGCAGCUGCAUUUCCCUACUCAAAUUAGAAAAGUUUGAAAGCUCAGCAUUUCUCACGGGCUUUGCCUGUUCUAUUAAUACCAUGGCAAGCACAGAACAAUAACUAUCUAUAGUUAGCAUCAUUAAAUUGGAAGUGCUCCGUGGAUUGUCUAGUCCAUGCUACCAUUUGGGCUUUAGUGUUUCUGCUAGAAGGUGAACAUGCAGGAGACUAAUUAUCAUUGCAAUUUUCAUUUUUCAAAGAACAUUCCCGUGUACCCCAUUCUUUAUCAUUUCUUUCAUUUAUAUUAUGUAUGUGUGCAUUAAAAAUACUAGCUUCUCACAGUUGUUGGGUGUUUUAAACAGCCAGUGAUUCUCCAUUUGUUGAAUGAUCAGAAUCUUCAUUUCACAUUUCCUUACAUUUGUUUGCAAGCAGCUAAUUAAUCAUCUCUGUAUACAUAGAAGCCAACUCCUAUGCAGCUGAGGUGCCUUUGCCCUCCCCCUCCCCCCAUAAAAUUUAUGGGCAUUGGCAUUCAAAUGGUUUGUGUGUGCCAUGUCUUGUGAUUUAUUAUGCAGGGCGGAGCUUACCUGCCCCCCAUAUUUUAUUCAAGUUGGCACCCCUGUCUAAAUAUAUAUUUUAAAGACUUUAUUGUACCUUACCAAUUAGGCUCAAAGGGAAGUGAAUUGGUUGUGAAUGAAGUGUUGUCAUUUUAAUAAAGCGAUUUUCCAUCUUUCUCUCUCUUCGUUGCCCAACCCCCACCUAUUGGCCAUUAGAAACAGUAUUAAGGAUCAGAGUUGGACUAUUAACUUCUGGGACUAAGGAAAAGUACUACCAGCAUUCAAAUUGCUCAACAACAGUGAGUCUUCCAGGACUCACAGCCAAGAUGGUCUUUCAGCCUGAUUUAGCAAGGCAAUUCUUUCCACUUAUUAUCUUAAGUAUAACAUUCUCAUAUCUAACCACUGCUGUAUGCCUGCUAUGGUGUUUUUCCCGACAGGCCCUUCUUGAACAAACUGCCAUGUGGUAGCUGCAUUGGGAGAAGCAGCGCUGAGAAGGCACCUCAAAGUGUCUGCUAAAAACUCAAGUUGCCCAUAAGCUAUCAAGUCUUCUCCAUAGCCAAACCUACCUUGGUUUAUGAUUUCCAGUUGUAGAUAAUGAGCCAGAGCUUAUUUAUAUCACAGAAACAAUUAUCCAUGUUAUAUAUUUUUAGUUAAAAAGCCUGCCAGACGAAUGGUAAGAAGUAUUUCUUAGAUAAAGUUUCUUCCUCCCUGCAAAUAUUUUUAAAUGCUGAUUCUACAUAAAGGAGUUAACAACACUCCAACUGAUAAGUGCAUCUGUGUUGUCAAAUAGCUUACGAUAGGCUUGGCUUGCAAGCUGCUCAGAAUUAUAGUAAUUAUGGCUGUGGCGCAGGAGAUGCUGUAUUCCAUCUCUAUACCACAGUCUGCAUUGUUAAUCUGCAACAGUAGGAGAAUUACCACUUAAUCACAGUACACAUAACUGCCUGCUGGCUCAGUCACACAAGUCAUAGCAUUAACUCCCACCUGUUUUAAUCCAAUUUCCUUUUUUCUGAUUCUUGUUGUAUACUGUUGCUCUAGACUGCUAAUACACUGAGCACACAAGUAGAAAAAACAUUUUAUAAAGUCAUCAUUAAGAACAUAAGAAGAGCCUGCUGGAUCAGGCCAAUGACCCAUCUAGUCCAACAUCCUGUUCUCACAGUAUCCUGUUGGAAACCAGCAAGCAGGACUCCUGUUCUUAAACAAACCAUGAGGUGUAGUCAAGGUUUGUUCUUGGUUUACUGCACAUGGUUUGUAAAUGGGGAAAACACUUUAGCAUUAAUUGAAAGUUUGAUUUUUUUAAAAAAUGCUGUCAUAAAAUGGUGACCACCACAAGGGUUAUAGUGGAUGUGCACUGAGCUUCUAAUGGCCCCUCCACAGCUAUUACACCAUGUCCACCAGUAUGGACUGAACACAGCAACAUGCACACAUACAAAAUUCUGUAUAUGCAUAUUUCAUGCUAUGUAGUUAGUAAUACUUCUGAUAGUGUAGAGUGUUAAUUGCAGUUCCACUUGUGCUUAAAGUGGAAGAGCAACAAGUGAGUCAUGCUAGGAGGCACCUGCCUGGAAGGAGCUCGGAAAAUAUAAAAAGGAAAGAAGGAUUUUGUAGUAGUGCCACACAUUUAUCUUGUGCUAACAGUAUGCGAGGAGCAGCAACCUAUUUGCAGCAGCUGCAGCUGAUCUUUCUCCACAGCUUAACUGUGGAGAGAAGUUGGGGCAGUUGCAGAGUAGAAUUUGACACAUUUACUUAAGAAAUCUGUUAUGCACAUUGAUGUAAGCAGCUGCACACACAUUUCUCAAGCCACCUUGUGUAAAAUAUCCAGUAGGGUUUUUUGGGGUAGUGUGUCAACAGUGUCACGUUAAUAGCUAAGAAAUAGAGGCAUGGAUGAGGGGAAACUGUAAAAACCAAUCAGAUAUGGGCAAUUUGAACUAUUUGAUUCAGAAGGAGCGCUUGCAUAUAAUCAUUAAGCAGAUUUGGUAUCAUGUCACUUCAGUGAGUGGUUUCAGAUUCCACUCAAAUUGCCAGACUAUCAUUUAGACAGUACACAUUUUGGAGAAACUAGUUGGAGGGUGGUUUGACUUUAUACAAGUAAACUAAUGCAAAACACAAUCAGCCCAAGUGCUUUCAUGUGAGCUCCUGAUGAGAGGCCAUGACUGCAGAGAACAUGUGCCUCCAGCGUGCUGUGGGAGAGGGGGGAAAGGCACUCUUACUGGAAAUCGAGAUAUUUCCCUACAGGUUUUGGUUUACUUCUUUGCAGACUGACAUGCUAUUUGGCAUGGCAGUGCUAAACUAUCUCGUUCAGGAAGAGCAAUGGAACUUCACUUGGCUUGAUGAAGGCUUACAUUUACAAUGUAAUAUUUGCUGUACUAUCAGAGCUUAACACUGGCCUUCUUACAUUAGGUUGAAUAGACGAUUUUAAAAACCCAUAACAACUUAGGUUAUAGAGCCUUUAUUUAUUCAGUGUUUGUGUGUGUGCAGGCAAUCCUCUUUUUCUGUGAGGGUUACAUUCUGGACCCCUGUGCAUGUCAGAGGAGUACACACAAGCCCUCCCCGUUCCUCCCCUUUUCGUGAAAUCUUUAUGACAUUUUGGGGCUACUUCCAGGUUCAGCAUCAUGUGCGUGUGCACAAUCAUGCAUCAUCUGGACAUGCCUAAAUCAGUUGUUGCCUGUAAUUCAUACAGAAUUCAUAUAAACUGGUCAUUAUAACAGAACAGAGAGAAGUCAUUGUUAUCCCAUCCAUAUCCUACCUAAAGUCAGCUUCCCCCCCCUUCUUCUUCUUCUUUUUUUACAGAAGAUGCUCAGACUUCUAUGGCAAGUUUUUACAGAAAGCAUACUCCACAGUGGUGGAGCAGAUGUGGGGAACAUAGUCUUGAGACGUAGAUAUUCAACUUAGGAAAGCAUUCUUAGGUCUAUAAAUGCAGCAAGAAUUUGACUGGGGGUGGGGGUUAGACUUUGCAAGAGUAAUCCCAAUCAUGGCAAACAUAACCCCUUAAGCAGGCCCCCCUCAACUCAGCUCUCAUCCCACAUCCCUCCCACCCUCUGCCUGUUAAACCAGAAACUAUGUCCUCUUCUACUACCCUUUAUGCAUAUGUGCCUGUCAAACUGGCAGGGGAGAGAAGGCAUAACAAAUGUAUUUGGGUUUUGUGAGCAUACCAGUUAUAAAACCCCUCAUGGUUUUCUUGGGCACAUGAAAGGCAUGCUACCUGAGCUUCGAUGGGUGUGUGAGCCAAUCAAGCUGGAUAGUGUUUAUGCAUUACUAAUCUGCACCGCAGACUUAAAACUGGCUUAAUAAUCAUUCCUUCCUCCCGGGGAACCCUGGGAAUUGUAGCAGUGUGGAAGUACGGUAGGAGUCUAGGGAUGGGAGACCAGUGACCCACCAAAUGUUGCUGCACUCCAGCUCCCAUCAGCCCCAGCCACUGUAGCCAAAGGUCAGGGAUGAUAGGAGUAGGAGUCCAUCAUCAUCUGGAGGGCAACAGGUUCCACAUCCUUGCAGGUUAGCUUACUUUCAGCUCAAAAGUCAACAGUGCUCUUUCUAUUAUUUAAUAAAAAUGCAUGCAUAAAUACAGGCAUCUGCUGCUGGCUUCUCUGUCAAGUGGUUACUCUAGUGGCUCUUCUAUAAUUUCAAACCAUUUUCAUUAUUGGUGGGUGUGCCCUGGAGUCCACUGCAGCAAUUAUCCUUGAUGAUUGCACCGACGCCUUCUGGUGAUGGGAGAGAAGAUCUCUUCCAGACAUCCUGGCUUACUGAAACGAUCUCAGCAAGCCAGUCACGAAUCCAACAGAUGUUUCAGCUUUCCUCCUUUUUUGGGCCAGAGAAAACUUGAUGCAUCUUCAAAUCCCCAUGCCAAUUUAACAUCCUCUCCUCCUCCUCCUCCUCCUCCUCCUUCUACUCUUCCUCAAAAAAAAUGAAGAUUUCCACAACAUGUUCAUAUAUGAGAGCAGUCUAAGCUAUUAACUGAUGCAAAUCAUGGUGAGGUGAUUGCCUCAUGCAGCAGAAUCCACUGGGGCAGAAGAUCCCAAUGUCAAUCUUUCUCUCUCCCCCCCCCCGGCUGUUCUUGAUGUACAUCUUCCCUCACCCCUUCUCCCCUGUUCCUAUUUUGGGAUCUGCCUUGGAUGACAAAAUGUGUUGGGCUAGCUCUGCGUACAGUAUUGAAAGCAGAAUUGCAUGUAACCACCCUGAUAUCACCAUGAGCAUGAAUAAUAAUCAAUGCCUAAUAAAAAGGGUGUUGCGGGGGUGUGUGUGUGACCUGUAGUUUGGCAUCCCUGAGAAUCUAGCAGCUCAAUUCUGCCCACAAAGUCUUGUCCCCGACAACUUUUUGGGCAGAAUUGAGCUGCUAGAUGCAGACAGCAGAGUACCAGUUGUCCCUACCAGGCCACAUCAAGAAACCCAGCCAAGGCUCAACGGAGUAGCGGGCAAAGAAUGGCUGCAUUAGAGCAAAGGGGGAAGGAAUUCACUCAAUCCAGACCAAAGCAGGAAAAAUGACAAAGCACCAUGCUCCCAUCUCCAUCCCAGGAAACUGAAUAUUCUGAAUAAGAAAAGCUAUGUCCCUGAAGACAAAAACACAACAAAACAUUUCUCUCUUUUAAAAAUAAAAACAAAAACAAAGUGCAAUCCUAUGCAUAUGGGAAGUGCCUAUAGUUCAGCAGUAGAGCUCAUGCUUUGUAUGUAAAAAAAGUCCCAGGUUUUAUCCUGGCAUCUCCAGGUAGGACUGGAGAAAGAUUCCUGUAUGAAACAGUGGAGAGUCACUGCCAGCCAAUGUCAACAAUGCUAAACAAAAUGAGCCAGCAGUCUGACUUGGUAUAAAGCAGCUUCCUGUAUUCAGAAGUUGUGUCCACUGGGGCUUACUCUCAGGUAACUGUGCCUAGAAAUGCACUGUCAGUGGACAAAUGCACUGUCAGAUGUUGUUGCAUUCCCCAACUCCCAUUGGUUCCAAUGGUCAGGGAUGACAGGAGCUGUAGUCCAACAACAUGUGGACGGCAAUUCAUUGGCUACUCUUGGUCUACAACUGAGCCACACAAUUAUCCAGCCAUCUGGCUGCAUCUGAGUUCCACUGAACAUAAUAACCCCAUCACGAUAGGUGUGGUCUUUGCUCUCUUUUUUUGUCAGCAUGUUCCUGACCUUUUGGCUUCAGAUCUUAUUGAAGUCUCAACAGAGAAAGAUGAGUAAUCCAUCUGGAUUUUGCAUCAAGAUUACUUAUUUUCAUUUGUCUGGAAUUCAUUCAGAAAAAUAUCUGAACAAUUGUAAACUGGUGUAUUUUUGAACCAGCUGAGUGCCAACAGAAAUAACCCGGUUGUCCUUUAUUUUGAGUUCAGGAAAAUAUAUUUAUGGAGAUCACAUGUUCAAUCACAUGCAUGUACACUUGGCUUCUGAGAGAGAUAGAGGGUGGGGUGUUGGUGAGUGUGAGUGUGUUUAAAGACUACAUCCUAAAUUUAAAAAUAUGUUGGAUGUAAGGAGUGAGCUGCUUUGCAAGUUAAGGAAGUGAAGAUAUGGAAAACAUAUUAGAUUUCCCUUUCAGAGAGACAUAUGGCUUUAAAGUUUACUCAGAUGUGUGCAUCUAAUAGCCCUGCAAGAAGUCAGUUUCAUUCUUAGUUGGAAGGGAGCAAGCACAUGAAGGAAAAGCGGACUGCCAAUUACUUUGAUGCACAAUUUGAAUUGUUGUUGCUGCAGUGUCUUAGUUACAAAAUAGGUUGGUUUUUUUUAUUAAAAAAGUUUGUCUUCUCAGCAAAUUGCACUGCAAGUUCCACCUGCUAAAAAUCCCUCUUUUAUGCAGUUACUAAAGGGAAGUCCUAUGUUCUUUUGCAUUUGAUCAACCCAGGGAAGGCUGAGGAGGAAAGAAAAGGCUGUCUUCUUCUGAUUUACGCCCUCCUUAAAUGUCCCCAGUCUUGAAAAGCACCACCAAGCUUUUGAACUGGAGCACACCUCUUGGUGUGUGUGCAUAUACACAUAACAGACACACAGACAGACACACACACACACACACACACACAGUUUUGUUAUAGGUCCCACUUGUUAAAUCGUAUAAGAAGGGAAAGAGAAUAAAAUAAAAGCUUCAAGAGUUUGUGCAAAACUUGGAAGCUCAAAAGCCUUUAUUUAAUUCAAAGCUUCUGUUUAAUUCAAACUAUAUAUCAUCAAACUAUGGUACAACUGAAAAAAGUAUUCCAGGAAAGAUUUCUUUCUCUGUCUCAUUCCAAAAGACUGUCAUAAUUUCUGCACACCAUACUGAUGAAAUAUCCCAUAUAUUGUGUACGAAUAUGGGUCCUUCAUGAAAUCUAUCCUGAGUGCAAGCUUUGUUCUAAACAUGUGGCAGCGUGACAUUUUUCGCUGGAGUGUAAUGUCAUAGGGCAAAGGUCCCCUCCACUGCCAAGCUGCUUUUGGUGUAACUUAGAUCAUGGGUGGGGAACCUGUGGCCCUCCAGAUGUUGCUGAACCACAGUUUCCAUCAUCACUGGCUGAGGCUGAUGAGAAUUGAAAUCCCACAACAUCUGGAGGGCCAGAGAUCCUCCUUCACUGUUGUGGGCCACUUUCCUAGUCUUAGCAUUUGAAAAGCAUUUCAACAUAAGAUGAACAACACAGUGGACUGAUUCACUCUGCACUGUAAGUCGAACUAUGGCUUACCAGGACUCUGUGAAUGUGCAAGGUGCCAGAGAGAAGCUUGCAGCCAAUUUGCUUCUCUCUGUUUAGCUUAGCUUAGCAUGGCGUGGAAGUAAAAAGGACUGGGAAGGAGCAGAGCAUCUACCAGCUCCUCUCUGGGAGCCUGUAUCUUUUCAUGGUCCUGGUAAGCCAUAAUUUGACUUACUGUGUCAUCUGAAGCAGGCUAAUAUCAAGGGGACCUGUGCUGUGCUACUGCCAAGCCACCCCCUUGCUGUUGACUGGACUGACUUCAGUGAAAUGCAAUCGGACACUGACAAAGGCUCACCGUAGAGCCUACCCAGUGGCAGUGAAGGCAGCAAAGAAGGCAUAUUUGGCUGCCUCCAUUGCAUCCUCAUUGCACCCCCUGCCUCCAUCCAGCAGAGUCUUUCUGGGUAGUGCAGGGCCUUAUUACAGAUAGCCAGAAGGAAUUGGCAGAACCAGCAGUACACUGUGACCUGUUUGCAAAGCAUUUUGAGGAUAAAAACACUUGCAUCCAGUGGGAUCUUGACUCCCAGGGUGGGAAAAGGGAAUUUCAGCAGGUGUGGCUGGUCAUACAAGCUGUACCCACCAAAGUUCCCUUUUCCACACAAAGUAAUUAAAAGUGCAGCAGCCUUCUCCUCUUUUGCAUCUGACAACCCUAGCACUUGUGUUAAUUUCUCAUAUUGAUAUAUGUGCUCAAGUGGCACUUGUCUUUGUAUUUUCCGAAAUGUUAUAUAUUUUUAAUAUCAUUUAUAACAUUAUUAUAUUUUAAGGACUAAAAUAGAGAGAUCUGGUGGUAUGUGCCUGUGAGUUUAGGUGAGUUUAAGACAGAGAGGCAGGAAGGGAGGGUUCUGCAUGCGGAAAAAGAGCCAUCAUAAUGGAAGUUUGAUGAUAAGUUUGUGUUGUUGUUUUUUACUUCCGACUAAUAGCAAUGCAAUAUGACUAUCUCUCCCUCAUCUUCUUUGCGGGACUUUCUGUCUCCUGCAUGUUGCCUCAGUAAGAGUCCUUGAGGCAAUACUGUGUAAGAACUUUAAUUCUAAACUGCAAUAUGAUUACAGAGAGUCGGGGCAAGAAUGCUUGGAUAAGGAAAAUUACAGGUGCCUGCCUCUGCCAUGGUGCUUAUAAGCAGGUGGUUGAAGAAAAAAAUGUGUCAGAACAUGUUUGUAGGGGGUGGAGUGAGAAAAUGUGGCGGUGUGAUGUGGCAGAUCUCUGUAACAUCCUGGAUUAGCUGGGAGUGUGUUGAAACUCCUGUCAUUGACCCUGGCAUGGCCCCAGGACAGACCUUCUUCCUAUUCAAGACAUUCCAAGCAGCCUCUGCAGUGACCUGGAUGAACUCCCUAAAGAGACCCUCUAGUGCAGGGGUCAGCAAACUUUUUCAGCAGGGGGCCAGUCCACUGUCCCUCAGACCUUGUGGGGGCCGGACUAUAUUUUGGGGGGAGAAAUGAACGAAUUCCUAUGCCCCACAAAUAACCCAGAGAUGCAUUUUAAAUAAAUGCACACAUUCUACUCAUAUAAAAACACCAGGCAGGCUCACAAAUAACCCAGAGAUGCAUUUUAAAUAAAAGCACACAUUCUACUCAUGUAAAAACACGCUGAUUCCCAGAUGGUCCAUGGGCCAGAUUUAGAAGGUGAUUGGGCCAGAUCUGGCCCCCAGGCCUUAGUUUGCCUACCCAUGUUCUAGUGUGUAGUCCCUUAUUAGUACAAUUCAGAGAGGAACCAAAGAAACACUACUACUGUGUCAGGACCCAGGACCCAAACUUUGAGGCUAGUAAGAAGUGUAGGCACCAGAGACACCAAAUUCACCAGGGCUCAGGGCAGCUGGAAAAGGCAAAGGUAUGGGAAGGGAGUAGUCAUAGAGUUGGCAGAAACCAGGUUGUCUAGUCCAGCCACCCACAAAUUUGCCUCCUCCCAAUUUGGCUGGUGCAAUCCAGACCACAGUACUUCAGAAGUGCAAAACAAUGCAGGAAAGGUAUCGCAAAACACCUGUGGCCAACCUGUGGGCCAAGGGCUGCAUGUGUCUAUUCUCAGUGUGGACUGCAGAACCCAAGGAAGCCAUGCUCACUUUCCCCCACUGCUCAGCUGAUCACCCAUUAGUUGGGAGGCAGGAAAAAGAUUGCUGUUCAGGUAAGCUUCAAACUGACCCAGCACUACAGGACAGGGCCGGCCCUCCCAAGAGGCAGGGUGAAGCAGCUGCUUCAGGUGGUGGAAGCCAAAGAGGUGGUGCUUCUGCAGGCAUCUCGCCAGUCCCUACCACCAGCGGAGAAGUGGCACUGGCAGUGGUGCCAGUUUCCAGCAAGAUCUCACAAAAAUCUUGCAAGAUCUCACCAGAAAGCACCAGAGCCACUUUGUGAGAAUGGUGGCACAACCCAGGUAAGAGAUGUGGCACUACGAUGCCACAUUCCUAUUUCAUCUCAGGUGCAGAACUGGAACUUUCUGCCCAUGUGGUUUUAAAUGCAUUGGGUUCACUGGAGUACAGAUUUGUAACCUGAAUUCUCCAGGGAUGCCGAUGCAGCAGAUGCACCAUCUCUCAUCCUAACCUAUGCCAUAGGGUUGGUUAUAGGGAUAAUAAUAAUAUAAUAAUAAUUUAUUGUUUAUACCCCACCCACUCUGGGUGGCUCCCAACAGAAUAUUAAAAACAGGAUAAAACAUCAAACAUUAAAAACUUCCCUAAACAGGGUUGCCUUCAGAUGUCUUCUAAAAGUCAGAUAGUUUUUUUAUUUCCUUGACAUCUGAUGGGAAGGCAUUCCACAGGGUGGGAGCCACUACCGAGAAGGCCCUCUGCCUGGUUCCCCAAAACCUCACUUCUCGCAGUGAGGGAACUGCCGGAAGGCCCUCGGAGCUGAACUUCAGUGUCCGGGCUGAAUGAUGGUGGUGGAGACUCUCCUUCAGGUAUGGAGAGGGAGAGAGACAUGUAAACCUCUUUGGACUCCUUGGAGGAAAGGUAGAAUAUAAAACACAAAAAAUAAAUUAAAAUUGAUAGCACCACUGGAAUAAGCAUAGCAAGGUAUCUACAGGGUGGAGUUUGGGGAUCUCCUUCUCUCAUAAGCCUAGAUUUUGGGUCUUUUCAAUGAAGCUGAAUGUUGGAAGAUUAAAGACAGACAAAAAAAAAUUCUUUUUCACAAGCACAUAUUUAAACUAUGGAACUCAUUCCCACAAGAGGAUGCGGUGGCACUGGCCAGCAAGCUGGGUGGCUUCGAAAGAGGAAUAGUAGAAGAAAAUAUUGGAGGUUAAGGCUAUCGAUGGCAAGUAGCCACAACAGCUAUGUUCUACAUCCACUGUCAGAGGAGGUAUGGCACUGAAUACCAGUUGCUGGGAACCUCAAGUGGGGAGAACGCUCUUGUAGCCAGGCCCUGCUUGCAGGCUUCCCACAGGAAUCUGGUUGGCCACCAUGCGAAGAGGGUGCUGGACCAAAUCAGGCAAAAGGCCCACCUAGCAGAGCUCUUGUUGUCUUCUUAACCUACUGUCCUGAACCUCAGUAGCAGCUGCUGCAAAUCCUCAUGUUUCUAGAUGUGGCUAAGGAGCAAUCCAUCCUCAGCCUUGGAUGAAAGCUCAGAGACAUAGCUAGCAGUCAGAGAGCUAUUAUGAUUUAUUUGACACAACUGCACUCAUGUGGAAAGCGUUUUAUGAGCCUAUAUCUUAUGAGGUAGGUAGGUACCAAUUAUCCCUGUUUUAAAACAUGGUGAAUACAGUGGCUUGUCUAAGGCCACCCAGCGAGUCCAUGGCUGGGUGGAAUGCAAAACCUGGUUUCCUUGGCUCAGCUUCAAGUCUCUGUCAAUGCUAAAUGACCACAUUGCAGUCAGUGCAGUUAGUGGUCUGGACCUUGAGAGACAACUGUAAACUGAGCUGAAUUGGGCAUCUCUGGGGAAAUCUGACCUGUUCCCCUGACAUCAAGCUCUAAUGUUAAACUAACGGUCCCAGUGUUAGCCGAUAAGCUUAGAUUAUACUGUGAUUAGCCUGUUUGGGCUGUAAUUUAUACUUUCUAAAUUGAGCUCAGUAGUGCAGCACGUGCCUUGCAUGCAGAGAGGGUCCCAGGUUCAUUCUCUGGCGUUUUCAGCUGGGGGUUGGAAAAGUCGGGGAGUGGAUUUGUAUCUCUCUGUCUGUGCAAUUACUCUGGAACUGCUGUAAAGUUAGUUCCUCAUGCAAUGGAAGGUUCGAUCAAUUCAUCAUUCUACUCUUCCAUUCCAUGUUUUUCACUGCAUCAGUUUCCCUAUCUGUGCUUAUCUUAUUUAUUUCAUAAAAUUUAUGCACCACUUGACUGUACAAAACCUCAAUAAACAGCAACAAUUUUAAACAGUAAAAAGGUUGGAAUUAUCAAUAAACUAACGGCAGACUGAAACACACAUAACUGUCAGGCUAGGCUUCUCUAAACAAAAAAAAUGUGUUGAGCAGAUGCAGAAAAGAGUACAGGGAAGGCACCUACCUGAUAUCAAUAGGCAGGGAGUUUCAAAGUGUAGGUGCUGCUACCACGCUAAACAAUCAAUAUGGAAUGGGUAUAUAUGGCACCUGUCAGAGUGCCAGUUCCACAGAUCGAAACAGUUGAGUGGGCAUAUAUGGAGUAAGGUGAUCGAGCAGGUAAACUGGUCCCAAGUUGUUAAGAGCUUCAUAGACUUAUAGUCACACCUUGAACUUGGCCCGGUAGCAAAUUGGCAAUCAGUGCCAAUCUCUGAGCACAGGUGUUAUAUGCUGACAAGGUCUUACUCCUGUCAGCAAUUGUGCUACAGCAUUCUGCACUAACUGCAGCUUCCAGAUCAAGCACAAGGGAUAUUAUCAAUCUAUUAAUAAACAAACUCCUUUAAAGUCCUAGUUGGAAAUAAAGCUAAUGACUGGUUUUUAAAUUACUCCAGUGUAGCAUAAAAAUAGAAUUUUAUUGGUCUCACAUUCCAAAAACAUCUAAAAGCUACAGGGGGUACAUUGGACCCCUCAAUGUUAAAUUUCUCAUUGAGCUAUCACGUAGCCCUGAAGGUGAAAAAACAAAACAGAAACUUCAGGUGCAUUUGUGAAAUGCUGGGCUCAUAACAGAAGAGAGAGCAAAACAAAUGCAGAAGUGCCUUGUUGAAAUACUGGUCUCGUGGUAAAUAAUAAGAGAGCCCCAAUGUACCCCAGUAACCUAAUAGGGCUUUUCUUCCCCAAAGGACAUAAGAAAUCACUGUUGCAAAUUUGCGCUAUGAGAGUGUUAAGUUCUGUGCCAAGAAGAUAAAGCCAAACUGGGGCAGACUUAGCCUUAGCUCACGUUAAAGGCUUUUUUACAGGUUGGAGGGAAGGAAUUCAUACUACUGCUUCAACCACUCUGCUUCAGAGCUGGCCCAUGAAUGCAUGAACCGGGGCUAUGAAGCGGACUCAGUCUAGAAAUGAAGGCAGAGUCCUACUAGCCAGUGAUAAUUUCAUAAUGCUGAGUUGUAUAAAUCUUCCAGUCUCUACUUUUGCUUUCCCCACACUGCAUCUUACAUUAUUAUGAAUUAGAAAGUGCUCCAUUUUUGUUAUAUUGAGUUGUCCAAUUAAGGCGUCUGGGGAAUAUCGCUGGCAAUACGUUUACUUCCAGCCUCCCCUGGGAAGCACAAUGGGCUACUUUUCUCCUUUCUUAAAAUGGUGGAAGCGUACCAGGGCAGCACUUUGAAAACGCUCCUGCUGUAAAAAUAGUCGUGCUGAGAGCACAAGAAAAGCUUUGUUUUGCUAAUGCACAACAGAGCCAAGAAGCUGAUGAGCAACUGAGAAACCAUGCAGAGACAGAGAUAAUUUCUAAAAAAAUCUUUACAGCAUCUAGCAUAUGCUUGUGCUUACAACAACAUCUAUGCAUUGCACACAUGCAGACACCCAUAAACGUUACAAGAGAUCUUUUAACAGUAAACCCAAAGUCUGGGGGAAGACAACUUGCAACUAUCCCAUGUGUUAUUAUCAAACAAAUCUGCACAGGUUCUUAAUAGCAGAUCUUUCCAGAUUAAGAGAGUUUCCAUAAUUCCAUAAUCAGAAUCCAUUGUUUUCACACAGAGAACUAUUCUGUUUACUGUAGUUUAGCCCUGACUCUGGCAAUGGAGGGCCAGGAAUUUGCAUCAGUGAAAUCAGAGAGUACUUCCAGAAAUUCCAUUGGUUUUUUGUGUUUAGCACUGCUGGAUUAAAAUAUGAGGGCCCUAUGCUUUGUCAAACCAUAUUCUGGGCACCUACAAAACUUCAGGUUGCCAAAGGUCUGCGUGAUCAAGAAACAUGUGAAAGUUCCAUGGGUGGAGCACUCUGAUGGUUGGAACCAAUAGCUUGCAUCCAGCAAUGACAAUCUACUACACACAGGGCAACCUGCACCCUGUGAAUCAUCUUCACUGUACUACUGGCCAUUGUUCUGUAUCUAGCAGCCCCAGGAAUUGCAGGAGCCAAUUGGGGAGAGGGCUAUAGCUCAAUGGUGCAGCACUUAUCCCAAGUUCAGUCCCUGACUACUCCAGGGAAAGAGGGGGAAACUCCAGUCUAAAAUCUUGGUUAGCUUGUUAAUCUUUUGAAUUAGAUACAUAUGGGGGCACCAAAAUAUUUAGGGCCUCUAAAUGUCUUAAUCUGGCCCUGAGAUGCAUGCAUUUCCCUUUGGAGAUUACCGUACUUAGGGAGUACAUACACUGGAAGUAUGAAGCAAUCAUGCUUCUGCUCUACCAGGGGUGCCAACUUGAAUAAAAUAUUGCGGGGUCCCAUGUAAGCCCCACCCCACAUAAUUGAUCACAUGAUGCGGUGCACACACACCAUUUGAAUGGCAAUGCCCAUCAACUUUGGGGUGCCCAACCCUCUCAAACAUUUUAUGGGGGGCAAAGCCCCCACAAACGUUGGCUCCUAUAGGCUUUACCACUUCUGUAACAUCCAAAACACUUUUGUCUCCCUUCUCAUUAGUCCUCUUUUCAAGGGGUGUGGGCUGAAAGCUACUGUGUUUCCAAAUUUCUGGAUUGGUGUCUUUCCAUAACAGAACUGUUAUCUUUAAAUUAAUUACAGUGGUACCUCAGGUUACAUACACUUCAGGUUACAGACUCCGCUAACCCAGAAAUAGUACCUUGGGUUAAGAACUUUGCUUCAGGAUGAGAACAGAAAUUGUGCUCUGGCGGCGCGGCAGCAGCAGGAGGCCCCAUUAGCUAAAGUGGUGCUUCAGGUUAAGAACAGUUUCAGGUUAAGAACGGACCUUUGGAACGAAUUAAGUACUUAACCCACGGUACCACUGUACAAGGUAUAGUUCACCCUCCAAUUCUAUUUUCUUGCACUGCCUUGUGACCCCUCGCACUGCCGUAGAAGUUCAGCCUAAACUCCUAAAUCAAUUAUAUGAAAGGUUUAAAAUUCUGUAAAAUAUAGCAUGGCCUAAUAUAAUUUAAUAUAAUGUCUUAGCAAAAUAUCCAUUUUAAAAUGUCCUCGUUAUGUGUCUAAGUGUGCAUUCAAACACUGCUUUCCAAGACAUAUGAAUGCUAGGCUGGCAAAUUUCAAUAGUUUCUUAUUUCAGUUCUAGUUGGUAUAUAUGAUCAAUGGCUUGGAGUAUAGUCACAGCAUCUGUUUUUCCUCUUGUGGUCUGUGCCUCGCUUUACCCUCCGUUGCCACAGACAGAGAGAAAUUCAGCUCACAUUCACACCUUUUGCCCACCAAGCCCACCCACCUACCCACCGUCCUGAAGAACAACAACUUUCUGUUCCCCGUGCUGGGAACACUGUUAAUACUUUAAAGAUGCAAAUCUAUGCACACACUGAACUCAAUGGGACUUAUUUCCAGAAGUAUGCCUGAGAUUGGAUUGUGCCUUUUUCCUACUGCUGGAAACAUACCCAGUGUUCCUUUGACGUAUGGAACUCUGGGGAGCCAAUAGAAAUUAAAUCUAUGUUCUAUAUUGAGUAUUUAUCUACAGGAUAAAAGAAGAUUGCCCUUGCUGGGAAUCUUGUAUCAUUCUCAGGUCACUGUGUUUCCCUAGGAAACUGUGAACUGCACAUUCCAGAAAUAACAAUCCAUAUUUUUCUGUGACCACUUAUCCUAGACUGAAAAGAAAGUGAAUCAAGAGCCCCUGAUUAUGCCUGGAUUUUUACUCCUAACCAACUUUGAAUAGAGUUUAUGUCAGGUCCUUUUUGUGCAAUUUAAUCACAUUAAAAUCUGAUAUACAUAGUAAAUAAAGAGUUCUAUCCAGCAAAUUAAUACUCAAGCCGAUUUAUUUCAAUGGGUCUGCUCUGACUGCAACUAAAGUUGGUCAUCACCCAAUUUCUAUUUUUUAAGCAUUUCACAUUAAAGGCAUUAUUUAUAUGACCUGCACAGACAUCAUAAUUUUUACAAAAUCUACCUGGCAAUGCAAUGAAAUAUAAUAGCUGCCAAUGAGAGAAUAUUGCAAUUGUAUUGUAUAAAUAUUUAGUUUUCAGCAAGUAAAGGAAACAUUUCCUGUUUUUCUUAUGCAUAUCCUGCCAUUGCUGUUGUUCCAGAGAGGGUGCAAUUCUAAACAGAUUGUGGCAGCUCAACUGCCAGCUGGGCCAGGAAGGUACAUAUAUGUAACGCUGGUCCUGGCCCAAUUACUGUGCCUGCCACUUUGUUUCUGGUCCCAGUUUAAAGGUUCAAAUUCGGAACUUUAAAUCCUUAAAUGACUCAGAGACCUCUAUGCCUAAAGGAUUGUCUUUCCCCAUAUGAACCUGCUCAGACACUGAGAUCGUCUUCUGAGGCCCUUCUUUGUGUGCCACCUCCUAGGGAAUUCCAAAGGAUGGCAAUGAGGAAGCGGGACCUUUUCUGUAGCAGCUCCCCAUCGAUGGAAUGCUCUCUCAAAGGAGGCUAACUUGUCAUCUUUCCACCAAGCAAAUAUUUUUCGUUUGUUUCCCAAGGAAAUGGAAAGCACCAAUGAUUGGAUAUUUUUAUUCUGAUUGGUUUUUUUUAAAGAUCUUUAAGUAUUUUCAACUGUACUGUAUUCUUGUAAAUUGUUUCAGGACUGUCUGUUGUGAGAAGUAAAUAAUAAGUUCAAUAAACUAACCAGCCAAGGAACGUCUGAUCUAAUCUCUCCCAGUGACCUUCCCCUAUCAAGGUCCUCCAGACACCCAUGCCCUCUUCCUCUCAUUCAUUUAACCCUUGUAAGGGGUGUGUGGUAUGUCCAUGACAGUUUCUCUGCUUUGCAAACGUAACCUUAGAUCCAUCCUUAUAUAUAAAAUAAAUAAAUAAAUAAAUAAAUAAUAAAAUAAAAUAAUAAAAUAAAAUAAAAUAAAAUAAAAAAAUAAUAAUUUAUUACUUAUACCCCACCCAACUGGCCGGGCCUCCCCAGUCACUCUGGGUGGCUUCCAACAGGAUAUUAAAAACACAACAAAACAUCAAAUAUUAAAAACUUCCCUAAACAGGGCUGCAUUCAAAUGUCUUCUAAAAGUCAGAUAGUUGUUUAUUUCCUUGAAAUCUGACAGGAGGGCGUUCCACAGGGUGGGUGCCACUACCGAGAAGGCCCUCUCCCUGGUUCCCUGUAACCUCACUUCUCUCAGUGAGGGAACAGCCAGAAGGCCCUCGGUGCUGGACCUCAGUGUCCUGGCUGAACAAUGUGUGUGGACAUGCUCCUUCAGGUAUACUGGGCCGAGGCCGUUAUAAAAAAGCAAAUAAUAUAAUUGCUUUAAAAUAAUGUUAUUUUUUCUGGAGCCUCUUGUCUGUAAGUUCCAAAAAGAUUACUGUAUUUUGCCAAACUAAUGUUUGGUUUUUACUGGAGACUAUUACUAAGUUGUCAAAUCAAUAGCACACUCCACGAAAUUUCUGGUUAAAUGAUUUUAAAAACAUCCCUACCCUUGGCUCACUGAUGUAUUGAUGAGGGAACUUCUGCUCCACUUCCUGAGCAAUGAAAUCCAAAGAGUUCUCCACAUGGCUAUACAUCACCAUUUUUUAAUUUAAUGGUGAGAUACAGCAGGCCCAGAAAAAAGCUUAAUUUCACAAUCUGAAUUGACAAAGAAGCCAAUAACCACUUAAAUCCACUAGCUGUACGUUAACUGUGCCAUCAGUUAACAUCAGCUACAUAAUUUUGUUCAGGUAAAUUAGAGUUUAUUCAACAAAAACUUUGAUCUCCUCUGAUGUAGCCAGCCAUAGAAAAACAACAGCUUUGCCCCUUCAUCAUGGUUCAUGCCCUGAUCAUCUCUUGCCUUGACCACUGUAAUCUUCUCCUCUCUGAACUAUUGUUGCCACACCUUGCUCUCUUCACCUCUAUCCACCAUUCUGCUGCAAAAACGGCUUACUUCCCGCAUCACUCUAAUCAUGUGACACCCGCUCCUUAGAUCUGCACACUAGCUUCCUCCCAAAUCCAGCACAACCUCCUUUCCCUUACUUUCAAAGGCCUCCAUGGUUUUGCCCAUCCUGAUACCUCCCUGCCGCUGACCGUCACUCACCCAGUGCUUAGAUAUGUGAAGGUCUCGUGCUCCCUCAAGUCCUUCUCCUUUUUGCCACUCAUGCUUGGAACUGCCUCCCAGACAUGAACUCCAGAAGAACCCCUCAUUUUGAUUAAUGUCUAAAAGUUAUGACACACAGGGGAAGUGACAGGGUCUAUAUUCUUCCCAGCUGCCAUCCACCAGGAGUCACACCAGAUUAUGAUGCAGAUCACAAUGGUCUUGUGUGACAAAACACUGUGUGUGAUUAUCAUCUGCAUGCCCUUGUCCAUUAAGAAAUGCUGACACAGCCUUGACGAAGGUUCAAAGAAUGUAAGCAAAGCACCUGGAAACUGGGAAAGGUCAGGAAGGCAGGUUGUGCAUCUCAGAAGUAUGAUGACUCACUUAGUUUCUCCGCUUGUUCUUUCCACAUUCUCAGUUCCUAAGAAGUCUGCAAUUUCCUCCUUUCACAGACUUCUUAGAAAAUCCCUUAUAAUCACUCUGGGACACAUGAAUAUAGCUCAAGCCACCCAAGGGCCUGAAUUGCAAAAGGUGUCGAUGGACCAAGGGACAUCAUCAUCAUCAUCAUAAAUAAUAAUGUUGAUGAUUAGAAUUUAAAUUAGAAUUUCUAUGCCACCCUAUACCUGCAGGUCUCAUGGCGGUUCACAGGAUAAAAUUAGUAUAUAAAACCACGAAGUACAUAAUCAAAAUAAAAAUAACAAUCCAGUAACACCCCCCUUGGCUAUGAUUCAAAACUGCUCCCAGUCUGCAACAAUGUUACACACAAAAAUUGCCUGGCGACUUCCUUUCUGAAAGACAACAGCAUUGUAAAUUUAUUUUUGUCUUCCACCCAUUCAGUAUACACCUUGGGCUAUGAUGCUCUCUAGCAAUCCCAAUCCCUAGGUUGAGAUCAGCAACAAAAAAUAGGAGAAAUCAGAGACAAAAGCAGUGUUUGAGAUCUUCGGUAUUAUAUCAGAUGCUACAUUACAGCUGGUCACUUUUUUUAUUCCAUGGUUGAUUACAGUUGGCAUAUAUUUAAAAGCAAUAAAACUUAUUUUUAAAAAACAAAACAACAACACAAAGAUCUCUAGUUCGAGAAGGAAAAAUAGUAUCUCCAACAGCAACAGUCAAUAUUUUAUGGAAAUCGGCUGCAAAAUCAUCAUCAUCAUCAUCAUCAUCAUCACCACCACCCCUGGUUCUUAGAGUAUUACUCCUUGGUUCUCGGCUGUUUGAAAAUGUGUAACUGUUCAAGGAUCUCAAAGCACUGGGUUUAAUUUUUUUUUUAAACAGCUUUGGGCUAUUUCAUCUUUAAUAGAACAAUCCUAUAAACGUCUACUAGGAAGAAAGUCUGAAUGAAAAUGGAACUUACUCCCAGGCCGCUAGGUAUAGGCCUUUAAGAAUACUUUCAUUCCUAACCAGAAAAUUAUGCUUGAAAAAUCAAGAAUACCAAGUCCAUGACUGCAUGUGUCUCCUGAGAAUCAGUAAAUUGAGGCAAGGGAUUGAUUCAGUUUAUUACUUUUUGCUAUGGUUAUUUCUCAUUAUGCACAUGGUAGUUUAAACCAAUUAGGUUAAUUAUACUGCAACGUUGCAACGUUGAAAGGCAUAGCUUGCAUUACAAAAGCACAAUUUCAUAUUGUUUUCUCUUAAUCGUUAAGGCAACCAAGAGAAGACUAUAGUUAUAUACAUUCAGGUGUUCCCUUUCAAUUACCACAUAAACUACCAUUAGGAUAAUUGUCCGAAACCACUAUGUGAGUAAUCAGUUACCUAUGGAGAAAGGUCAUUGUGGGGAGCUUGCAUUUUAUUCCUUUAAAGUGUACUAUUUAACCUGGUCUGUUUCUGUGCAAGGUAGUUUUUUUUAAGUCCCUCUGGUUUCAGUGAGUCAGACUAACCUCAGUACCAUCCUGUACAUGUCUGCUCAGAGAAGGAAGUCCCAUUUUCACUGAAACUUAUUUCCACGUAAGUGACUAUAGGAUUGCAGCCUGAAGCACAUCCUUGAAAUCUCCUGUUGUAAAAAAGGGGAUUUAAAAGCUGCAGUCCCACACAUACCUCCUUGGGGGGAAACCCCAUUGACUCUGCAAGGCUUACAUUCAAGUAAACCUCUGCAGAAAAUUGUGCUGAAAAGCAGUUUAUUUUGUUUGGGUUGUACCAGAAUUAUAGACGAAUAACUGGUGGGCACUUCGUCAUUCAUGCAAAGGCACUGUUCAAAUGUUACAUUCAGUGUGUGGCCAAACGUGCAGGCAACUUAUCCACAUUUAUGCAGAAGUUCCCUCUUUUUAUCUUUGUUGACAAGGCCUCCUUCCUGACCAAGUUCCCCACUCCUCCUGACUUCAUCACUAUCGGAGCAUAUAGCUAGUGUUCCUUUCCUACAGAAGGGUUUUGGCUGUGAGGAAACCCUCACUGCUUGGCAUGGGACCAUGAAGUUUGUCGUUGGAGAGAAUAUAAGCGUGCACAUAGGAUUACAGCAGUGGAGCCUUAUCCUAUGUGUGUUUGCUUGAAAGCAAGGCCACCUGAAUUCAAUGAAGCAGACAAUCCUAAAGGAUUGUGGCUCUACUCUCACUUCAGGUCCAUUAGCUAGUUCCAGUUCCUGACACAUUUAGCCAGGUGGACACAUUUCUAAUUUUGGGGAAGGGCAGUAGCUUAGUGGUAGAGAAUCUGUUUUGCAUGCAGACGCUCCCAGGUUCAAUCCCUGCCAUCAUCAGGUGGGACCAAUAUGAAUGUUUCCUAUCUGAAAGGAAGAGCCAGUCAGUGUCUGACUCAGUAUAAGGCAGCUUCCUAUGUUCCCAUGGGUGUAGUCAAGCGGGGGGGGGGGCAGCUGUCCUCCCUAAAUCAAGUAAACCAAUAAAAUUACUUAACUAACUGAGGUUCUGCCCCUCUAACAUGAAGCCAGCAGCCCUCCCAACAUACCGUAAAUCCUGGCUACGCCCACGCCUGUUCUAUUAUGUUCACAUAGCUGAAGGCUGUACAAAUGUAUAACUGACAGCAGGUUGCCCUACACCACUGUUUCCCAAACUUGGGCCUCCAGCUGUUUUUGGAUUACAACUCCCAUCAUCCCCAGCUAGCAGGACCAGUGGUCGCAGAUGAUGGGAAUUAUAGUCCAAAAGCAACUGGAGACCCAAGUUUGAGAAACACUGCCCUACACUGUUAACUUAAGCAUUAUUGUUUUAAUUUCUAUAAAAAGCUCCUUUCUUGGGUUGUGUCUAUAAUAUUCAAGGGGAAACAUUUAUCAACAAAAAAAACUUGCUUCUGAGGCAGCACAUGGCUCAAUAACAUACGUUAAUUUUACUUUUUCUCCCUGGCUCUUAUCUGAUUAUCCUAAUUUUCACCAUUUCCAAGCUUCAGAGGGAGAGUUCCCUCAUCACUUAUGUAGGCGAGGUAUGCAUAUGUAUACAACAUGCCUGCAGGAGGAUAGCUGUGCAUGCAUAUGGCCCUGAAAUGGAAAGAGGAAAGGGAAAUGAAUGGGGAGUGAUCGCAGAGGUGAGAAGGCUGGUUUGCAAAGUUGCCUUCUCAUAGCAGAAGCCCAGUUUGACUAUAAAAAUUCUUGGCUAUGUGUGCAACAUAUUUCCCUGGGGAGGGUAUUCAGGGGGUAUGUGGCCACCCUAGAAAAGGCCUGGUCACUGGGACUCACCAACCCAACAGAUCUUACAGGUAUGUAAACCAGAGAAAAGGGCUUCAGAGCAGGGGUGUAGCGCUGUUUGCUGGCCUCCAAGGCUCUUCACCCCCACUCUUACCCAACCUCGCUACAGCCACUAUGUCUUACACCAUGUCUUCUACCUUUUCAACAUCAUAAACCCACUGUGUGUAUGUGCCAGAGAUAUCUGUUGCUAGGACAGUCACUUCAACAUAGAAGUAUAGCAUUUUGUAAUAACCUGGGUAGACCGGUAGGAUACAUUUCAGUGUUUCGCCAAGGUCACCACUUUUAUACCCAGUGUCACAUUGGACAACACAGCAGCUUAUAAAAACCCAGCUGUUAGAGUCAGGUAACUUGAAGUGAAGCACCAUUUCAGCAGAGUUGCCUUUUGAGAAUAGCUGUGUAUUGGAAAAAGUCCGACUUGGCGCUAUUGGCCUUGUUAUCUAAGGAAAAGGAAACAGGCGGGAGCCUUGACAUCUUGCUAGCUGGAUCUUGUUUUCUUUCUUUCUUUCUUACUUGCUUUAAGUAUUACCAGCUGGUAAUCAAAGGUCCUCAGAAGUUUUAUAGCAAAAGCCCUCUGCUUUUAAAAAUGUAAAACCAAUUGUCUGACUCUAGCCAAGCUACAUUUACCAUGUAUAACAAAACUUUCCAGGAUAGGCCAUGUGGUUCCCUCUAGAUGUUGCUGAACGCCCUUCAGCCCCAGCCAGCAGGGCCAAUGAUCGGAGAUGCACUCCAACAACAUCUGGAGGGCACCAGGUUGGCUAUCUUAGUCUAGACAAUGUGUUGAACAGCCUCCUUAAAAAGCAAUGCAUCAUUCUUUUCAGAAGUGAACUUUACAUUAAAAGGAAAAUCAGCCAGCACCAGCUGGAUAACAAUAGCAGGGAUGAGCAGGCAGCUAAGCCUAGUUGUCAGGCCUUGAUAGUGCAGCUGUACCUUUUAAGAAAAGCUUGUCCCACCAGUUUAGUUCUAUGAUGGGAAAGGCUAUAGCAGUGAUGGGACUUGUAGUACAAAGCACCCAGAGGGCACCAGGUUAGGAAGGGCUGGCGUAAUGAUUUGUACAAAAAGAAAAGAUAAAAACCCUACCUGCACUCCGACUGAGUGUACUCAUUCAGGAAAUUAAAUCCCUCCAGUUCAUGUGCUGAUGGCAAUUCAGCUUGAACUGGAUGCUGCAGAGCAGAGAAGAAAGCAAGAAGGCCAGCAGUGGGGCAGUAAUCUUUACACAAGCAAAGGUAUGGUGAUACUGUGGUGGGCAUGCCCAGAUAUGCCAGGCCUUCUUCUGUGUGGGACCUAUGUGAGCAGCACAUUGCAAAGGUUUAAUUUUAUCCAUUUUCUCCCGCCUCUCUAUACAACUUCAAGUGACAAUCUUACACAUUAAAAAUAAUAAUACUCGAUUCAUGUGGUAAGCAACAAUUAAGAAAAACAAAAUAUCAGGGGGGAAAGAAUCAGAGCAUGAGACCCAACCAUAGUAUAUCUAGCCCAGGGGUUGGGAAGCCUGCAAUCCUGUCGGGAUACAACUUUCAUCAUCUCCCACCAUUGACCACAGGGCCAGCCCAUCCAUGAGGCAACAUGAAGCAACCACUUCAGGUGGCAGGAUCUGCAGGGGCAGCAGAUCCUGAUGUAAAUUGUUAUUCAGGGCCACCCAUGAGAUGAUGUGACCACCUCAGGUAGCAGGAUUCACGAGGCCAGCAGAUCCCAAUGUUGAUCUUCUUCCCCCCUUAUGCUCACGGCAGGGAGGGGGUGCAUUUUGGGGUCCUCCUCAGCUAUCAAAAUUGACCACCCUGGCUGGGGUUGAUGUGAGGUGUAGCUCAACAACAUCUGGAAAGUCACAGGUCCCCCAUCCCUGCUCUAGCCUCAAGGUUUUUCACAGAUUGGUGAGCUUUAUUGUAAUAAAGGCCUCAUAACACACAAUAAUAAUAAUAAUAUCAAAACAAACAAAUAGGAGAGCCUUGCACUGCUUUUGAAAGAUUAAGAAGGAGGUACAACACUGAACUUCCUCCAGGAAGUCAACACACAGCCUAAGGCAACAUCAAAGAAAGUUCACCUUUGCUCUGGAGCCAUUCUAAUCUCAUGGAACUGGGCCCAUUCUUCAUGGUUCCAAUCUUUUCAUUUGCAUAUUGCUGCCAACCAUUCAGUACAUGAUAGAAACCUGAAUACUUGGAGUUAUUUCUAUUGAUAAGGAACUAGGAAGCUGCCCUAUUCUCUUCCAUGUAGCUCAACACUGUCUGUGUGGCAGUAGCUCUCAAGUGUUUCAGGCCCACCUAUCAAUGUGGGGGGUUGAACAUGGGAUGUAUGUAAAGCACUGAGUUGGAGUCCUCACUCUCCUUGUCUGCUUGUUUAUCCCUAAAGUCCCAGGCACUGUCUUUCUCUCCCCAUCCUGCUACCUAAAUUUAAGUGAAAAGAAACAGGAAUGGAACCUGGGUUUUUAUGCAUGCAUGCGCUCUACAAUUAAGUCCACUCCUCCACUUAGGAAGCUACCUUGUACCAGGUCAGACUAUUUGUCCAUCAAACCAAGUUACAGGCAGCAAUGUUCUAGUGUCUAUGAUGGGUCUUUACAUCUAAUGGAUUGAAUCUGGGAACUUCUGCAUAUAGAGCAUGUGCUAGGGCCCCUCCCACCUUAUUUCUAGAAGCAAAGUACUUUGAGUUUGUCAAGUUGCAUGUAAACAUAAAUUGUAAGCUAUGUACAGCUGUUUGCCUUCCAAGUUGUUAUAGCGUUAAGUACCAAAUACUGUGUAUCUAAAUCUGUAUCAAUGUCUAUAUUUCUAGCCAAUGGUUCAGAUAUUGCCAGUAUACAGUACAAUGAAUGAGAAUGGUGGCUUCACAAACCUGCUUGACCAUCAAUCCAACAGAGAAAAUAAAUGUACCUCCACAUGCCAAGUAGCCAAUGUGAGAAAUGAAACCAUUAGCUCGUGUGCUAGGAACACAGCAUGUUGCACAGGUUGAUUAGUAAUGGAGUGUUGUCUAUGCUGCAACUCUGUAAAUACAGGGAGGUAGCCUGAAUAUUCACUGAAUAAUUCAGCAGACUGAGCAAACCUGUAGAAGAAUUUGAUGGGUAUCAUUAAGAUUUUGGAUAAGUGAAUACCUUUUCUGGAGCCAUAUUAAUGAACUUUUCCAUUUAGAGUUAAACCUUCAUCGCUACAGCAUACGCUAUCCAUAAGAUUAAUAGAUGCCAAAGCACACUUAACUGGAAAUGGAUUCCACUGAAACUUGUCCUUUUGCCUUAACCGAGUUAACUAGGAGUAUAGUAAGCUUCCAUGUCCCAAGUCAUAUCAUUGAUCUUUCUAGCUCAGAAUUGUUUCUACACUGACUAACACAGGCUGCCCAGGGUUUCAGGCUGGAGUCUUUCCUAGGCUUAGCAGGAGAUGCAGGCAGCACUAAAGCUCUAGCAUUAAUAAGGGCUCUUCAACACUUCCGCUUGUCCUGUAUCUAGAAAGCACAGGUCCAAAUGGUUUUCUGCUUGUCUGGCCCUUUCUAGGUAUGAGUCCCAGUGGUUUUGCCUUUGUCCCACUGCUUUUCCCCAGAAAAGCCGCUCUUUAGCAGUAAAGGUAAAGGUAAAGGGACCCCUGACCAUUAGGUCCAGCUCAUCUUGCUUCAUUGGCCGAGGGAGCCGGCGUACAGCUUCUGGGUCAUGUGGCCAGCAUGACUGAGCUGCUUCUGGCGAACCAGAGCAGCACACAGAAACGCCGUUUACCUUCCUGCCGGAGCGGUAUCUAUUUAUCUACUUGCACUUUGAUGUGCUUUUGAACUGCUAGGUUGGCAGGAGCAGGGACCGAGCAACGGAAGCUCACCCCAUCAUGAGGAUUCGAACCGCCGAACUUCUGAUCGGCAAGUCCUAGGCUCUGUGGUUUAACCCACAGCGCCACCCGCAUCUUUAGCAGUAAAUCUGAACAAAUGGCAAUCUGCGAAAAACUCUAUUGACAUUUGGUCCGAUUCAGUGCUAAAGGUGGUGUUACCCCAGGGAAAGGCAGCAGAGCCUAUGGUGGUGUGGAUCAGCUACAACACAUCCCCAACACAUACUGCCCUUCAUCAUCCUGGAAAUAAUAGGCUGCACUUGAAUAUACACUUACCUGGGAGUUAGCCCCAUUGAACUCACUGAGACUGAUUUAUGAGUAGACCUGCAAACUAUUGCAGUUCUUCACUACCAGCUGAUCCAGGGCACUAUGCUCCUGGAGCUGAAGCAACAUCAAAAAUUCACUUUCAGCAGUACUGUCAGAAUUCGGGGGGGGGGGCAUGUGUGGUCAUUACGUCCAACCCAAAUUAACAAUGUAGUUUAUAUGCUUUAAGAAAUGCAUUCAAUAAAAAGCUUAGAUUAAUGGAUGUAGCCCAAACAUAAGGAUGGCCUGAGCUCAUUAGUGAGCUAUUCCAUCAGUUUCAAUGCUGCUGAUUUGUAAACAAGACCUUUGGACAGUGCUUAAUUGGUAAACUUGGCCUGUAAGCCACGUCCUCAAAGGGCUACUUAGUAUGUUUUAGUAAAAGGCAGACAAUUUCUUUGAUGUAGAGUCUGAAUCACAUUGACGUGGUUAACAUGCAGAAUGAAAAUAACAGAUAGAAGAUGUCUGAUUUCAAACCAAGGAAGCAGAGUAUGCAGCCACCGCUGAUCAGCUGACUUGCAAAUGCAACUCCUGCUUUUGGCAGGAAUCAGCUUCACUCAGGACUUGGGAGAUCCGAUUGGGACCUCCUGAGCAGAACCAUUCCUAGCAGGGCUUGCAUUAACUUACACCUUUAGUUGUCUUGUCAUCCAACAAUCACCCAACAAGCCACUUCUGUAGCUAGUUCCCCACUUCUUCUUUUUAAUUAUUUUUCAAUUACUGAAUGUUUAUUUAUUUUUAGUAGUAUGCACCUCAAAUUGUCUGUUUUAACCCCUUAUUUUCUGCUUGCCUCUGUGUGUGUGUGUGUGUGUAAGUUUGUGCUCCUUUUGUUUACCUCAUUUGGAUAAGAUUUCCAUUUUCUAAAGUGCUAAUCAUGAUAAUAAUGACAAUAACAACCACCACCUCAGGAAACAUAUUAUAAGUUUUUCAUUUCCCCAUAUACCAAGAUUGGUGAUACUAGAUGCAGGUAUUUCUGCUCUUCCUUAGAAGCCUUUAGGUACAGAGAAGAGGAGGAAGUAAUUUUGCCAUCUGAGCACAUCUCCAGGGUCACUCCCUCUCCUCCCAAUUAUCAUGUAAUCUGCUGAGUCACAACGGUAGGAAGUUAAGGCUAGAAUUAUGGUGACGUUACACCCUUGGCACUGAAGAAUCUCAAUAGUGUAUGGAAGCACUUGAUCCCCUAGUCUUUCAGCCAUCAUCAACAACAUAAAAAAAAAAAUCAAAGAUCUACAAUUUUAAAAUCACAAACAGCAGUUUUAACAAUCAGACCAUGCAUGCAGCUCUGUGGGAAAUAUAGUUCAUCCAUCACUUAACCAUUCAUCAUAAGGCAGCCCCUGUAUGUCUGUGACUGCAGCAGGACAGCUAGCAGGACAGUCCAGUUAGGAGUCAGUGAAUGUAGCAUUUUCAAUAGUUUUGUUUAUAUCAUUUUUAUUGUAAAAUUGCUUUGUGGGGAUGCCCUUAAGGUCUGGGGCAUAAAAAGAAAACACAUUUCUAUAUUUGAGCUGUUGUGGUUUCAGAAUAUAUCCAUAUUUUGCUGUAUCAGUAAACAUUUAGCCAAAUGAAGCCAACCAGGUCUCUCUCUCUGGACCCCAGGACUCUGCUCAAGUUACAUUUCAUGCCUAGGCUAGCUCACCCUGAUCUGCAUCCAUCUCAAGUGCUUUUGCAUGGCUUUGAACAAUGAACCUGUGUGACUCUUUUGCUGUAAGUCUGCCUUUUAGAGGCAUGCUUCACCCUACCUCCUCAAGUGGCUUCCAUUAUAAUAAAAUGGAAUGCACUCUAGUAUUAACGAACCCUCACGACUAAAAGGACAGAGAAAUCUUCAUACAGUCAUGUGAGGGAAUCAACCACAAAACCUGACAAUGUUAUUAUAUCUUUAGAAGAUGUGUAGAAGUUGGAAUUUGAGCCUCAGCUUAUCUUCAUGGUUGUUGUUUUUUUAAGCAUCUAGGGCUAUGUGGCAUGUGACCAGUCUAAUAAAAAUCAAAGCUAUAAGGCCACAAGAUCUAAGGGGAAAGUCUUUACAUUGUGAGCUUAAAAAGCAUAAAGGACUUAACACAAGCAGCAAGCAUGGUGAUUAACCUUGUGUAAUAAGGAUUACAUAAAUAGACACCCAGUUAAGUCAAUGAAACUGAGUGGGCAUAAGUGCUUCCAACAUGCUUGUAAGUGUUCAUGGAGUAAGAUUGUACUGUUAGCCAGGAGGAAAAGAACCGUAUUUGAUAAUGUUAAAAGGCACGAUUAAUAAAUCACAAAAGCUGCCACCAGUAGACAAUACCUGCAUAUACUGAAUUAAAACAAUUGACAGUCACAGCAGUUCCCCACUAGCUCCAACAGACCAGCUCCACUGUGACUAACCCUAUCCUCAGUCUACACUCAGCCAGCCCCCACUUUCCUACUUGCAACCAGUCUAGAGGGUGGUAGCACUGCCUGUCACUCCCCUUCUUAGUUUCAGUGUUCAUAGAAUCAUGGAAUCAUUGAAUUGUAGAGUUAGAAGGGACCUCUAGUCCAACCCCCUGCAUUGCAGAACUCUUUUGCCCAACAUGGGACUCAAACCUACAACCCUGAGAUUAAGAGUCUCAUGCUCUACUGACUCAGCAAAGAGAAGGAUGGAGACAAAGCUAGAAUUAUUUGGCUCUGCCUGUCAUUGGCUCUACUUUUAUCUGUUGUUGGAUUCCCUGCUUUUGGCUCCACCAAUGGGCAUCAGCCACCACUAAAUAUGCACUCAGUGAAACAUGAAUGAACUUCAACUAAUUCAUAGUAGUUGCAUGAGAUAAGCUGAUGUUAGUAAAGAAUUCAAUUUAUACUACUAAAUGAAGAGAUGAAUUUGAUUAAUAUACAGCAGAUUAAAACUUCUGCUCAUAUGUUAACCAUAUCCUAGUAAUAAGCUUUUUAUUAAAACAUCCAAGACUCUAGGCAAUUCUGUUUGUAUUACAACAGGGUGGUAUAUAUAUUUUAAUAAAUCAAAAUAAUAAAUGAAGGUAAGACUUAUAUUCAUUGCUCUGCCAACACCUGGGAUGUGGCCCUCCAGAAAGUUGUCCAGAAGUUGGCCCUCUGGCCAAACUUCCCACCCCUGAAGAAAUAGACGGGAUAGCAGGAUUUUGCCCUUACAAAAAACGAUUGGGAUUUAUCUUUGGGCAGCGCUCUUCAGCAUCCGCUUACCAGUCAGAAAUUAUUCAGCUGGUCUAGUUUCCCCAUCCACCUGUCUGGGAAACUACACCUGUUGAAUAAUUUCUGGCUGUUACACGGAGAAACCCUAAUGAGUAAGUGGGGAGAAAAACUAACAACUUUACUUGAAAAAGAGCUGUUGAGACGGUCAAAGGCUAACAGCGUAAUUCCGGAAGCGAGUUACAUUGGUUUCAAUGGGAGGACUGCAACGCCAGUGUGACUGGGUUGGGGAUGGAUGUUUAAAGAAAAGAAAUGCCUCUUGAAAGAAAUAUGGAAGCAAAAGUUGUCGGGCUAAAACAAGGGCUCGCUGCGCGUAUUAACAGUGGCCGGGCUGUUGGCGGCUUUGUUUUUGUUUUAAUUUCUGCGGAGCCUGUGCUUCGCUCUCCUCGUUGGCUUCGCUCCACAGCCAAGUGGUGAACUCCGCGCCCUCCCUCCUCCCUCGAGGGAAACUCCAGCUGCAGCCCCAGGAGAAGCCAGGCCUCCCUCCGCGAGGAGGGGCCCAGCCCUCGAAGGCGAGCGCCGGAGGGACGCCGGAGAGGAGUUUUCCUAGCGGCCUGGCGAGGAACUCCGGCUUUCUCCCUACGCGAGAGUGGGAGGAGGCAGUCGGGGAGGAAAGGAGGCUGAGGCGGCUGCUGCUGCUGCUGCUGCUGCUGCAGUUACUGCCGCCCGCCUCUAAAGCGCGCCCACUCGGGUUCCUCAGCAGUCGCCGGAGCAGCGCGCUGAGGUGGAACGAGCCGCUCGGCGCCUCCGAAUGAAUUAAGGAGCGGGAGCCGCUUUCCCCGCCUGCUGCGCCUGGAUUUAGCAGCCUCGGCUAGCCGGGCUCCGAAGCGGCGGAGUCGGGGCGACUCUCGCGCCUGCUCGGAGCUGCCGCCCGCCACUCCAGUAAGAGCCGCCGCUUUGUUUCUCUCCCCUCUCCACGCCCCGGACUUCUCAGAGUGGGCGAGAGAGUCUGGCGAGCUUUCCUUCUUCUUCGGGCUCCCUGCCUCCUUCCCUUUAAAUCUCUUUAUUGCCGAAACCACCGACCGGCGGGCGGGGGGUAGCAGUGGAAGGUCGCGCGCGGAUCAUCUGGCGCCACCUGAUUCUCCCUCCCUCCCUCGCUCGCCCACCCCUCUCUUUUUGGUUAAAUGCCCUGCGCGCGAGGUAUGCUAUAUCAUGAUCGCCCCAUUGUUUCCUGACUUGCGGAGACUCUAUAUUGUUCCCUCGGCUGCUUUGAAAGGGGAGGAGGGCCUGGAGGGGGGCUUUGUUGGAGAAGGGGGCCGAACAUGGAUUCACUUGAGUUUAGCUAAUGGGGGCAAGGAAGAGAGAGGGGGGCGACUGGGGAAGCCCCUCUUUCUGUAUAUACCUGAGGUUCCCCCUUCUCUCCUGGGCUUUUCUCUACUGUAGAAGCCUCCGUUUCCCCCCACCCUCUUCGCUCUUCUCUUUCCCCCGACAGCAACAGCAUCAUUCCUCCCUUUAGGUUCCCAGGAACCCUGUGGCUUAUCAGCUUGGAAACAGUACAUCCCGCUAAAGAGGUGAACGGUAAAAGUCAAUCUGCACACGCCCAUGUAAAGGGCUCUCAGGUUGCAGGCAGAAACAAAAAGCUGGAGUAGUUCAGAAAGUGCCCAUAGUAUCCUUAUCUGUUGUUACCUGAAAAGACUUGGCAACAGACACUGUACAGCAGCAAAGGAGGAGUGUUUUUAAAGCUCUUGUAACUGUGUGUGUGUGUGAGAGAGAGAGAGAGAGAGCUGCUCUCCCAUUACAGCAUACAUAUUUUCCCUGCAUGGAAUUGCAUUGGCAUUGGGCUGUGUGUGUAAAUUUAUUUUAAACCUGCAUCUCUGGCACUGGAGGUAGCUUGUGUAUACAGUUGUGUUCUGAAUAAUGUGGGGUUUGUUUGGUUUUUGUCUGUCUUGCAUCCAUCCACUGCGAAGCUUACACUUAGCUACACUGGGUGUCUGAAGUGAGUGUGCAUGGCUAAAUAGACAGGUGUGCAUUCCUGACCUAUGACUGCUUACAUGGCUGUGCACAUCUCACCCAGACACAUCUGUAUGUUGAAUGUUCCAUAUGAAGUAGCUGUGAAGAGAAAGAACACUGGAUGUUUGUAGAGUCAGAUCUCUGGGCAAAUGUUUUAUUUUUGAUAACACCUCCCUUUCUCUUUGUUCUUACUGGAACGAGCCUUUUUAAAAUAUAUGGGUAUAUGCUCAGGUGGCAUGGGGGAAUAAAUACCUGGUGGUUUGCAGCUUUGUUGGAUUUCUGACAUCUGAGGAGAAAGACUUGCUGCUACUUAAAACAAUGCUAGCCCUCUUCUUGAAAGUAACUGCUAUUCCAGGUGGCAUGUAGACAGAUUCUCUGAUUUCUUUCUGUUAAGCAUGCAGCCAGUGGAAACUUCUCAAUAAAAGUGUUUCACUUCUAGUUAAGGGAUUUCUCCAUACACACUAGAGGAUUGUUAGAAUAAACUCCACUCAGUUGGUUAUUAUAUCUUCUGAUGAACAACACCCAUUAAUUUGUCUAGACUGCAUAAGCUGUUUUCUUCCUCUUGUAACAAUCGCUCCUGUUUUUUCUUUUUCUUAAAAAUCUGUUUUGUGUGGUAUGUGUUCUAUACAGAACUCAUAUACUUUUUCAUAGGACUUGCUAUGUGAUGUGAGCUAUGGACAGUUAAUUUGGGAGGGCGCUUUCUUUUGAUGAUGAAAUCACGUAGGAAUCCUAUUCAAUAGCAUAUUACAAAUACAGUGGUACCUCAGGUUACAUACGCUUCAGGUUACGGACUCCGCUAACCCAGAAAUAGUGCUUCAGGUUAAGAACUUUGCUUCAGGAUGAGAACAGAAAUCGUGCUCUAGCGGUGCGGCGGCAGCAGGAGGCCCCAUUAGCUAAAGUGGUGCUUCAGGUUAAGAACAGUUUCAGGUUAAGAACGGACCUCAGGAAUGAAUUAAGUACCGUAUUUUUUGCACCAUAACACUCACUUUUUUCCUCCUAGAAAGUAAGGGGAAAUGUCUGUGCGUGUUAUGGAGGGAAUGCCUACGGGUGGCAUGCCUACGGAUUUUCCUCCUCUAAAAACUACGUGCGUGUCAUGGUCGGGUGCGUGUUAUAGAGUGAAAAAUACGGUACUUAACCUGAGGUACCACUGUAGUCAUCUUUGUAACAUCUUUGACUCCAUAAAAGUGGCAUCCUUGGUUGCGAUAUUUGUUGUUGCUCUAAAACUGCAUCUAAACUUGGUGUUAUUGCUCAUCUGAAAAAGUACAGAAAGUUAAUGAAGUGGUUUAUCAGUCACUAGUUUAUUUAACUAGAUCUUCCACCUUCACAACUGGCUCUCUUGGUUCAGUUUGUACUAGGUCAUGUGUUCACUAGGAUUGCAAACUUUUUAAUGAGACAAGCUCUUGAGCUUUUAAACAUUAAAUGAAGAUGCGGAAUCGAAAUACCUUUUUGGGUUUUUUUUGGUCCUAGAGCUUCACAGAUGAGAAAAGCAGAUUAUGUUGAAUUUCUGAGUUUUAAACUGCAGUGGGGAUGAUAUGCUCAGUGGGAGCUAGGAGAGGAGAGGUUUUUUAAAAAAGAGAGAUUUUGACAUGUAUCAAUGCAGUGCUAAGUAAGCAUCCCAUCAGUGCAAAGGUAACUUCUUGUGCAACAGGAUUUCCCCCCCCCCCCAUCUUCUCCCUCCCUAAAUCUGCUCUGGAAGUUAAAGGGGAAGCCCAAAACAGAUUUGAAGGGUGCAUGGGGGGUGGAGAGGCAAGAAAAUCCCCCCGCAGAAGUGGACAUCCUUGCACUAAUAAGAUGCUUACUUUGCAUUGCAUUGGAUCAAAGCCAUUGUGUUUUUAGUGAAGUCAAUUCUUAGGAAGAGUUAUACCAAGAGAGCAAAGUAAGACCAUUGGUUCUGUCUUCCCUUGAAUUGUGCUGCAUUUCAACACUGAUAGUUUUAUAUAGCAGUUCCCGAAACUUGGUACACUUUACAAAUUUUACCUCUCUCAUUCUCAAAGAACUGUGAUACAUGUAGAUGUCAGUGCUAUUCUGUCUCAUAUAGAGGUACAGGUGGUUUGAGAUGCCAUGCUGAAGCAUGGAAAAUGGGAGUCAUGAACACACCCACCUUUUGUCCUUCUGGUGAAUGCUUAUAGGAGGGGUGGUACAUGCAAGGCAUUGUGUGAAACAUGGUGCCUACAUGCAUGACGGCUAUGCAUCUUAGUGUGGAGAUGAUGUGCUACUGUGCUGAGUAAGUGCAGUUCAGUAUUUAAGUGGGCAAGCAGGAAGGUGGUUCACCUUUGGUACAAAUGUCACCUUAUGAACUCAUUCUGCAUCCUUAGACAAACCACUAUCUCAGUGUUGGCUCACAAUCGUAGUCUAGAAACACCUGGAGGGCUACAGGUUGCCCAUACCAAACUGAAAAUAAGAUACAGCAGCAAAGUACAGCUUGAUCUGGGAUUCCAAUUAUGAUUUAGAGUUCCACUGAGGUCUGCAGUAACCAUAGUUUGCUUGUUUCGGACACAACAGCAAACUAUAGUUAUGUGAAUCAGGAAAUGACAGACAGAAUUGGAGUGUACAGGGGGAAGUUGGGAGGAGGAGAGUACACAGGUACAAAGUUUCUUUAUGAUGAACAAUAAUGGUUUGGCUUUGAUAUCUGAACUGGAUUAAUUUAUAUGGCUUGUUUUUACCUGAAAAAAUUAUAUUCUGCUAAGUGGUACCUAGAAGAUGAUGAGCAAUUUGGAAAAAUGGUAUUAAUUGUCAAGUGUUAGAUAUGUCCUUUUAAGUUGCGUUUUUCUAAAAGUAUUUUUCUGAAUCACAUAGAACAAAAGUCAUUUACCCUUUGGAUUAUGUCAGAGGCAUGACUUGCUUUUUUAUCCGGUUUCCUAGCAUUAACAUUCAAGGCUAUUGUGUGACACAUGAUACUUUUCAUGCUAUCUCCUAGUGAGCUCAUAGCAAAGGUGUGAUUAUAAUCUAAGUCUCUCAGGCUACUGACUGUAGCCAAUGGAUAACAUUGUCUCUUCCCACUCACUCCUCAUAGCAAAAAUGGUAUAAAUAAUUCCUAGUGAUGGUCUUGUAUACAAACAGCACAAUCAGAACGUCUGUUGGAUGACAGUUGAGGCACUUAACACAGUCAUAUAGAUACAAAUGAGAUGACAAAGUAUACAUACAUUUGUAGAAAAAAAGCCCUACAGUCAGAAGCUGGAAAGACUAAAGAAUUGAGGUGAUGAUGGAGUGAUGCCAACAGAUUUCAGUUUAGUUGGCUGAGGUGCUUUUGUUGGAGGCUAAAGCUGUAAUUCUAAACUCACUAACCUGGAAGUAAGCCCCAUUAAGUUCAAUGGAGUUUACUUCCAAAUAGACAUGUACAGGAUUGCAUAGUAAAUAAUCCUAUCUGUGAAUCACAAGUUAUAAAAUGUGGAACUGGAGACCAAUAAACCUUCAUUCCUGGGUUUCAGCUCAUUUUGAAUGCAGUGGUACCUCGGGUUACAAACACUUCGGGUUACAGACUCCGCUAACCCGGAAGUAGUACCUUGGGUUAAGAACUUUACCUCAGGAUGAGAACAGAAAUUGUGUGCCAGGGCGCAGUGGCAGCAGGAGGCCCCAUUAGCUAAAGUGCUACCUCAGGUUAAGAAUGGACCUCCGGAAUGAAUUAGGUUUGUAACCAGAGGUGCCAGAGGUAUUAUUUACAGCAUUUCUAUUCUGCCAUUUAACAAAAAGUAUAGUUGAAAGAAUGGGAAGAACUAGAGAUCUGUUCAAGAAAAUUGGAGAUAUGAAAGGAACAUUUCAUUCAAAGAUUACCAUAAUAAAGGACAAAAGUGGUAAGGAUCUAACAGAAGCAGAAGACAUCAAGAAGAGGUGGCAAGAAUACACAGAGGAAUUAUACCAGAAAGAUAUGGAUGUCUCGUACACCCCAGGUAGUGUGGUUGCUGACCUUGAGCCAGACAUCCUGGAGAGUGAAGUCAAAUGGGCCUUAGAAAGCACUGCAAAUAACAAGGCCAGUGGAAGUGAUGGUAUUCCAGCUGAACUAUUUAAAAUUUUAAAAGAUGAUGCUGUUAAGGUGCUACACUCAAUAUGCCAGCAAGUUUGGAAAACUCAGCAGUGGCCAGAGGACUGGAGAAGAUCAGUCUACAUCCCAAUCCCAAAGAAGGGCAGUGCUAAAGAAUGCUCCAACUACCACACAAUUGCACUCAUUUCACAUGCUAGCAAGGUUAUGCUUAAAAUUCUACAAGGCAGGCUCAAGCAGUAUGUGGACCGAGAACUCCCAGAAGUGCAAGCUGGAUUUAGAAGAGGCAGAGGAACCAGAGACCAAAUUGCAAACAUGCGCUGGAUUAUGGAGAAAGCUAGAGAGUUCCAGAAAGACAUCUACUUCUGCUUCAUUGACUAUGCAAAAGCCUUUGACUGUGUCGACCACAGCAAACUAUGGCAAGUUCUUAAAGAAAUGGGAGUGCCUGAUCACCUCAUCUGUCUCCUGAGAAAUCUCUAUGUGGGACAAGAAGCUACAGUUAGAACUGGCUAUGGAACAACUGAUUGGUUCAAAAUUGGGAAAGGAGUACGACAAGGUUGUAUUUUGUCUCCCUGUUUAUUUAACUUAUAUGCAGAAUUCAUCAUGCGAAAGGCUGGGCUGGAUGAAUCCCUAGCCAGAAUUAAGAUUGCUGGAAGAAAUAUCAACAACCUCAGAUAUGCAGAUGACACAACCUUGAUGGCAGAAAGUGAGGAGGAAUUAAAGAACCUUUAUUGAGGGUGAAAGAGGAGAGCGCAAAAUAUGGUCUGAAGCUCAACAUCAAAAACGAAGAUCAUGGCCACUGGUCCCAUCACCUCCUGGCAAAUAGAAGGGGAAGAAAUGGAGGCAGUGAGAGAUUUUACUUUCUUGGGCUCCAUGAUCACUGCAGAUGGUGACAGCAGCCACGAAAUUAAGAGACGCCUGCUUCUUGGGAGAAAAGCAAUGACAAAUGUAGACAGCAUCCUAAAAAGCAGAGACAUCACCUUGCCAACAAAGGUCCGUAUAGUAAAAGCUAUGGUUUUCCCAGUACAGUGAUGUCUCGCAAGACGAAAUUAAUUCGUUCCGUGAAUUUUUCGUCUAGCGAAUUUUUCGUCUUGCGAAGCAUGAAAUCCCAUAGGAAUGCAUUGAAAAUCAAUUAAUGCGUUCCUAUGGUCAAAAAAAGUCCAAGCAAAGCCAAAUUUGGUACAACAAGAGUUUAUUAAGUGCUCUUUAAAGUCACACAUACUGUAAAGAGCAUUUCAAAAUUCAAACCCAGAAAUUUUUUAAAAAAACAGCAGAGUGGCCCAAUGGUCACAGAAAAUCAUAAAAAUGCAGAAAAAAACACACAAGCUUCCAGAUUCUUGCAAACCCCUCCCCAACUGUUCCCCCAGCCACCCAGCACACAGAAAUUCAAAUCCAGAAUUUUUUUUAAAAACAGCAGAGUGGCCCAAUGGUCACAGAAAAUCAUAAAAAUGCAGAAAAAAACACACAAGCUUCCAGAUUCUUGCAAACCCCUCCCCAACUGUUCCCCCAGCCACCCAGCACACAGAAAUUCAAAUCCAGAAAUUUUUAUAAAAACAGCAGAGUGCCCCAAUGGUCACAGAAAAUCAUAAAAAUGCAGGAAAAAAAACACACAAGCUUCCAGAUUCUUGCAAACCCCUCCCCAACACCAAGUCCUUGAAUUCCAAACACCCCAACCCAAAAUCCAACCCCCCCCCAAAAGUUUUAAAAGCUUAACUUACCAAAUGGCUGCAAAAGAAGUUUUGGAAAAGCUUCAAACAUCACCAAAGUCUUUAAAAACCUCAAAAAAGGCUACUAUGUACACUGCGUUCUAUGAGUUGCUCCUCGAAGUCAAGUCGCAACUGUAUUAAUGGUGUUAAGAAACAGGAAACAAACUUGCAAGACGUUUUCGUCUUGCGAAGCAAGCCCAUAGGGAAAUUCGUCUUGCGAAGCAGCUCAAAAAAUGGAAAACCCUUUCGUCUAGCGAGUUUUCCGUCUUGCGAGGCAUUCGUCUUGCGGGGCACCACUGUAGUGAUGUAUGGAAGUGAGAGCUGGACCAUAAAGAAGGCUGAUCGCCGAAGAAUUGAUGCUUUUGAAUUAUGGUGCUGGAGGAGACUCUUGAGAGUCCCAUGGACUGCAAGAAGAUCAAACGUAUCCAUUCUUAAGGAAAUCAGCCCUGAGUGCUCACUGGAAGGACAGAUCAUGAAGCUGAGGCUCCAAUACUUUGGCCACCUCAUGAGAAGAGAAGACUCCCUGGAAAAGACCCUGAUGUUGGGAAAGAUGGAGGGCACAAGGAGAAGGGAACGACAGAGGACGAGAUGGUUGGAUAGUGUCUUCGAAGCUACAAACAUGAGUCUGACCAAACUGCGGGAGGCAGUGGAAGACAGAAGUGCGUGGCGUGCUCUGGUCCAUGGGGUCACGAAGAGUCGGACACAACUAAACGACUAAACAACAACAACAACAACAAAACAACAACAAAUAGUUGAAACUAUAGAGGGUAAAAAGUAGAACCAAGAAAUAAAAUAAAGCUCAGUUAAAACAGUGUUAGACUAAAACCAUCAACAGUGCUAUAUGAGGAUCUAGCUUAAGGUACCAGGCCUGUUGGCAGACCAACUCUUUGUUACAAAGAUGUCUCCAAAUGUGACAUGAAGGCUGGCAACAUUAACGCCACCAAAUGAGGGGCAGAUGACCUCAGUGCCUGGAGACAGCAGUGACCAGAAGAGGAAUGACCACUGGGAGGAAGCCAGAAAGAAGAAAUGCCGUGGUACACCUGCAUCAGCACAACCGGACACCUUCAUCUGCCUCAGCUGCAACAAAACAUGUCUCUCCCAUGUUGGACUCGACAGCCAACCACAGGCACUGUGACUCUCCAACAGUUUGACUUUAGCCUCAAAGGUGCAGUCCUCCAUUGUUUCCUGAGACAGACGGACAGCAGCUCAACUCAAUAUUUGCAAAGGAUUGGAGUGUUAGUUGCUUUUCCAUUGACUACUCACAGUUAUCCCUCUGCCUGCAGCUUCCAUUCCAUUCCCAGCACUGUCCCAAUCCCAGGAUUAUUUUUUGGUGAAAACACAAGGCACUGCAGAGGGGAAUUGGAAUUGGAAGCAGGAAAGCCCCAUUCCUCAGCUAUGAACUCUGUUCCAUUAGUGGAAGUUAAGAUUCAAACUGAUGUCUUUCAGUAGCAAUAGAGGCCUAGUUGCUCUACUCAGCUCUUCCCAUGAAUGCUGUUUUGCUCAGUUUUUAUAAUAAUAAUAAAUAGAAAUCUAUAUUUAUAAAUGUGAUCAAAAUAAUAAUUGAAAAUAUAACAUUUUAGAAUAAAAUAGCAGUGUUAGAAGAAGUCUUCAUCUAAUGCCUUCCUUCCUUUUUCAGAGCGAACAGCCUUUACUGAUUAAGGCUUGUGGUUCAAAUUUCUACAACUGCUUGUGGUCCUGGCCUCUAGCUAAAUUUAUAAUGGAAUCCUGUUUGCUUGUAGUAAAGCUAAAUCUGGAAAUAGCAGCUAUGGGAUAUAUAAGUAAUUGUGUUUGGAAAGGCGAAGUAUAGGGCUGCCUUUAAACUUUACAAUUUACAUUUUAAAUUUUUUCCCUGACACCCAGUAGUCCUAAAUUAAUAUGGCACCAUAUGUUCAGUUAGCUUGACAGGUAAAGAAGUACUAGAAUAUUUUUUACAUUGUAUGUGUCUUUCUGUGUGUGAAUUAUAUAUAUUCAUAUACUAUACCAGCAUCUACACAUAGCACAAAUAUUUGUUCUUAUGGAUGUCUAAACAGAUUUUGAAAGCUGGAAGGUCUGCAUGGAAAAUUUUAUCUUUGUCUUAAUUUUAGGAGCCAAUUCAUACAACCACAGUCUGAGUUUAUUUUGAGUAACUCCCUUGUUGCAAGCUGAGAUUUGAAAUGUGAUGGCAGUGAGGCAGCUGUCAUGGUGCACUACCUUAAGCAUGAAUGCUGAUUUAACGCUAGGAUGGCUCCUUUAAUCAUAAUUCACCAAAGAAGCACGAUAAGCCAAUUAUAACCCUAAAACGUGGUUAUGUGUAUUGUCCCUGUGGCCUGAUCUUGAUAGAGUCGGAAAAGGAAAACCGUACAAUCCAUCUGGAUUGAUGCCACAUUGGAGUAUGAUUGGGAAUAUACGAAUGAAUAUUCCUUGCAAAAGUAGCAUACUAGGAAACAAGUCUAGUUUACCUUCUUCAGAUGUGUUAGUUUACUGUACAUUGCUAUUUAUGUGAUGGAAUAGUCAUGCACAAGUGAUUCCACAAUUCAGAUUUUGGUGGUAUAGUCCUUGGAAGGCUAUGCCAUGCACCUUUUCUGAAUGUGUAUGCAGUAAGCUAGGGUUGCCAUAUUUCAAACAGUGAAAAUCCAGAGAGAAAAGUUGCAAAUUCACAAAAAAGAGAAGUUUUUGAACUAUCGCUAAGAAAAUUCACCAAAAAUGACAUUGGCAGCAUGGGUUGUCAUAUGUCCAGAUUUUCCUGGUCAUUUUUACAACUUCUGCUUCCAACUGCAGUAUUCCAGAUAUGUCCGGGAAAUUCUGGACGUAUGGCAACCCUAAGUAAGCCCAUAACUUAUGUGCAUUUAACUUGAUGUGUAUGGCAAUAAAAAAAAUUUAAAAGGGGGGCAGGGUCUCAGGAAAAAUGACUUUGGAAAUCCCACUCUCCAUUGAACCCAAUGGGUUUUGACUGUAUACAAUUUUGGCUUCAGGUGCCAUCCCCAGAACAUAACCCUCACAUAGGUUGCAGGCCUGCCAUAUCCAUUUGAAGCCUCUGACUUCAGGCAGGAGAUUAACUUUGAAUCUUCAGGAGAAUCAUAUAGUAUUUUAGAACUAUUAAGUUAAAAGUUUAAUUCUGAUCACUUACCUUUGAAGGCAUAUGAAAAAUGCAGGUUCUGAGAUGGAUAGGUUGGUUCUCUGUCAAUAUUGCUAGCAUCUUUACACUCAUAAUUGUAUUUUUCUGUUGUGCAGACUGCUUUGAAGUCAACAAGACAUAUAUAAAAAGUAAUUUAAUACAUGGCUGUUUCACAUGGUUCUGUUUAUUUUAAUGAUGCUUCCAGAGAAUCUCAGCCAGACACUGCUGGAAGAAAGUUGGCUUUACUAUUUUCUUUUGCUUAGCAUGGAGGAACCCUGCUUUUAUCUGAGAAGCCCUGACCUGAAAGUUCUAAAUAAAACUAAAAAUGCAUGACAUCUCCCUACAUGCAGAAGUGGUUUUCAGUAUGUGCAACCUGCUAAGUUUUAUUGGGCCUUGUGGAAGUUUCCUGAAUGCUUUCCAAAAAUGGAAUUGGGCAAGGGAAUUAUGGUUUUUGUGGAAUCAUGACCUAUGAAGCUGACUUUUAUAGUGAGUCCAAACUCAAGCAGCCACUAGGUCCAACGGAGGACAUUUUUUGCCUGGUGCCUAAAUAUAUGUAAUGAAGAUGCCAGGCAGACCUCCCUUGGGAAAGCCUUCCACAAGUGGAGAACCAGCACAGAAAAGCCUGCUCUCAUGUUGCUGCCCUCCAGACCUCUCGUGGAGGAGGCACACGUAGAACAGUGUUGGAUGAUGAUCACAGGGUCUUGAGGUGGUUCAUAUGGAGAGUUGUAGUCCUUGGAGUACUACAGCUGUGAGCAGGUUGAGGCUUUAUAGAUCAAACACAGCACUUUGAAUUGGGCCCAGAAACUAAUUGGCAGCCAGUGCAAUUGGGCCAGGAUUGCCACCACAUGCUCAAAUCAUCGCAACCUGGCCACGGAAUUCUGCACCAGUUGAAGUUUCUGAACCAUCUUCAGAGGCAGCCCCCACAUACAAUGCAUUGCAGUAAUCUAACCUAGAGGUUACCAGAGGAUAGACAACAGAAGUUAUGCUAUCCCUAUCCAGAUAGGGGCGCAACUGGGCCACCAGCCAAAGCUAAUGGAAAGCACUCUGUGCCACCAAGGUGCCACCUGAGCUUCAAGUAACAGCAAUGGAUCCAGAAGUGCCUUCAAGCUGUGCACCACCCGCUCCUUCAGAGGGAGUGUAACCCCAUCAAAGCAGGCAACCUCCCAUCCAUCUGGUUUAGGGAACUACCCUAAGGUGGAGGAUUGAGCUUCAGUUCAUUGGCUCUCAUCCAGUCCAUUACUGAGGCAAGACAAUGGUCCAGCACAUCCACUUCAACACCUGCAUAUGUAAAGGAGAAGUAGAGCUGUGUGUCCUCAACAAAUUGCUGACCAUGGACUCCAAAACUCUGGAUGAACUCAGAGGUUUCAUGUAGAUGUUAAAUAACAUGAGGGAUAAAAUCGAAUGCUGAGGAACCCCACAUUGAAGGUUCCAUGGGGCCAAAGAGCACUCCCCAAGCAUCACCCUCUGGAAAUGACCACCCAAGUAAGGUAGAAUCACCACAAAGUGCUUCUACCCACCCCUAACCUGGGAAAUCCUAGUGUCCCAUUGUAAGCAAAAGCAAUAUACUUUGCCUUUUGAGCCACGCUUCUCUGGCUUGCCGCAGGGAAAAAGUCAUUAAUGGAAACCGUUGACAGCUAUACCAUUAAUAGCUGCCGUUUUCAAGUAAUUCUUAUUGCAAAUGAAUGUAGCUGUAUCUUUUGGAUAUGUCCCUUUUUGCCAAUUUUAAUUCAUGACAAAAGCUUCAGUGAAUGCAUAUUUUAUUGGUAAACGGGGAGACGAUGUUGUACUUCAGAGCUCAUUACAGGCUUGCUUCAAUUGUUCAAUCGAAACCAAAUGUUGAAACAGUUUUAUAUUGGUAUACUAUAGCCAGAAACUAGAUUGGAAUGCUGAUUUGAUACACUGACAUCACAUCUGUUAGGAGAGGUUUCGGAUUCAGGAAGAUAUUGUAAAUUGGCUAGGAUUCAGAAAACAUAUGAUGGUUUUUUGGGAGGUCUUGGCUUGAUUACUUUUUAGGUCAUGAAGGGAGGAAAUUAUGGCAGUCUGGGAUUGAAUGACUUCUGAUGAAGUUUUUAAAAAAUGUACAUUCCUUUUGGCAAACAUGAAAUGUACAGUCCACAGUUUUGGCCCUCAUUGCCACAAUAGGAGGAGUGCAACAUAUGCCUUUGAUUGAGGAUGCGUUAGUGUGAACUCUGCCUUGUGCUUCAACUUGAACUUGCUGUUGGCGUCAUGAACACAUCCCACUGUUGUAAGCCCCGUUCUUUUCAGUGGGGCCUUUAACUCUAGGUCAGCUUGGGAACUGGGCUGCUGAACCUUUUGAACACCCUUUUCUUUAGGAAGUAACAUGAUUGCUAGCAGCCAAGAAAUAAAAGAUUUGAAUUGCCACAUGUUUGACAGUAGAAUUUAUUUUUUCACAUCUCUGGUUCUUUGCGAGUGAAGCAUGAGAUGCCAAAAGUUCUGCAUUGACUACUUGGACGUUACCAGAUAACCAUUUGCCAACUUAUAUUUUAAACAGCUCUGUCUCUUGUGUUUAAAUUUAUUUUUUGUUUAUAAGUUCUUUUUUAAAAAAAAGACAUCUAGACACUGGUAUUGGGCUUCUCGUCCACUUUAAAUUCUAGUAUUGAUCUUCAGCUCCCAGAUAAUACACACUGCCAGUUCCUGUGCUUUCAGAUUGACUAAUGCCUUUUGUGAAAGUAUAUAGCUAUAAAUUCCAAAUUGUAAAUGUGAAUUAAAUACUGUGAGUGAGUAUGCUACAUUCUCAGUGGUAGCAAAGCUCAUGGAGAAAAGCUGAGGCACAGAUGGCCCAUUCCAUUCAAGGAGGCACCUUGGAGAAGGGAAUUUCUAAAGGUCUCAGAAAGUUUUCCUGCUUAUUGCAAAAAAGGAAGGAGGACCGUGCAUAGAUAACUUGCUUGUGUACUUCCCAGAGGCAUGGGCACCAUUGGUGCUGGGUUCACCUUAUGCUCUCUUUCUUUCCUGGAGAAUUGUCCUUCUUCACUAUAUACAUGUACAGAGAGUUUCCCCCCCAUGUAUGAAAUUAGAAGUAUAAAUACUCCAGAAAGUCUUAAUAGUGUGUUUCAUUGAAAUUCUCCCAUGGCUUGCUUUUGCUGUAGCGUUGAUGGUUUUGGCUAGGUCUUUUUUUUAAAGAAGUAUGAAAGGAUGUGUUGUUGCUAGGUGUUGUAUAGCUUUCUGGUGAGAGGAAAGAAGAAAUACCUAAAUACUGUAAUUUACUGUUUCCUUCAAAAGAGGAGAAUAUUUCAUGUCAUUGGGUGUUUUGAAACCACUUUUUUAUGGUUUGGGAAGAAGCAAACCAUAUACAGUGAAAGAUCAGUAGAGGCUGUUUAUUCUGACAAAGGAAUGGCCAUGUGGGAAUACCUUCCUGGUUUGAAAACCUAGUGAUGUGUAGGAAGCCUUUGUAAUGUUCCCAUCUAGUAAAAUGCCUGCAGUAUUUUGCCAUGCAGGAAAUCAAUUGCAGCUGGAUGCACAGAGUUUCCACUCCAAGUAUAUGAACACACCUUUUAGUGUUCUACUAAAAACGUUUUUUCUUUAUCCAGGGCCUUACCUUGAAAAGUGACUUGGAAGACUGAAGGGGGGCAGGAAACACUAGAGUCUUGUUUCUUAAAAGUUGCUGCCUUUAAAAGAAACUAUGUUAUUUUGGCAAUGUGGUAUAUGGGGUUCAAAACGCACGUGAAGCCUUUCUUUUAAAGGCAGCCCUUUGUGACUAAUGAGAACCUCUAUAUCUACAUCUCUCUUGGGAUCCUAGUUCAAGUACUGAUGCUUCCUGUAGAUAUUGUGGCCCUAGGAAACAGCUAAAUGCAGGAAAUAACCAUCUCAAUGCAUUACGUUGGGCAUGUUCAGGCUUUGGAUCUACUUUUGUUUUUUACUAGAAUCAGUCAGAGCCAAGUUACAAACGCUGUGGCUCAGGGACAAAUCAAAUUCACAUUUAUAUUUACAAGAGUCCCCCUUCUCCUCAGUAUUAAAACCCAUGAGCCACAAACUGAGUUAACCUGCACAUAUACAUGCAAAUCCAUAUGGGGUAAGUAACUGCAUAUUAGAGAAUUUGCCUAAUUUAGGAAAGGGGAAGCCUCUUUUGUUUUAAUGGGUUGGAAAUAUAGUGAUCUGCGAUUAGCUCCAGAUCUCUCUUCUGCCUCUCCAACUAAAAAAGCUAAAAAAAAUAGCAUACAUAGCUCCCACAAUGGACUAUAUAUUUUAUUGCUGAUUUUAAUAAAAUAUUUCAAUAGCUUAUUUUUGACAAUCCUCUCCAAAUAGUUCAUCAAAGGGUCUUCUGGGAUCUUUCAUUCCAUAAUUGGAACCAGAUUAUGUUCAAAAAUUUCUUAAUGUUUUUGCAUUAUUGGAAGAGAUUAAUUAAGUUGGCACCAUGUUCCCCAUGUCUUCAACAAGCAUCUUUAACCAAAUUAUAUAUCUUGUUUAGUUGGUAGGAUAUCACACACCAUUUGUAUAGGUAUCUUCAAACUGUGUUCUGUUAGGUUCACAGUUGUCAAGGAGCUUGAGAUGUCAAUGCCAAUUGCCAAAUAGUUUUAUAUCAGAACCCCUAGAUCUUGCUCUCACAUGUUUUUCUGUCAAAGCUCACUUUUUUCCUACAAGAAGAAAAUGUUGUCAUUGCCAGAUUUUUCCCACUACCCCAUUGUUCAAAGCCCAUUGUUCUACACAUUUGCUCAGAAAUAAAUUUGUAGAAGUUCCUUCCCCUGAAUAGAGUGGUCCUUUUUCAUAUAUAAAUCUAAGCCAUGGUUUAGUAUUAUGUGCUUCAUGUACUCCUCAUUCAGCACACCUGUGAAAUAAGCCAGGAUCAGUGGCUUGAGCUUCUGGCUUUUAAACAAAGCAUAGUUUUUACCAGAGUUCCUCCAGGUUGGACAUAAUGAGAAACUUUAGUUUAAAGGUGGACGCUUCCAGUAUCCUUAGAACUGCUGAGACUUGCUGCUACUCAUAUCCAUAGCAGUGAGUCAAACCAUGGUUUGGUGUCACUUCCAAACCAGGCCUAAGUGUAGUUGUGAUGGUAGAUGUAUAAUCCUCUCUUGGAUUACAGUGAUACCUCUGGUUAAGAACUUAAUUUGUUCCGGAGGUCCGUUCUUAACCUGAAACUCUUCUUAACCUGAGGUACCACUUGAACUAAUGGGGACUCCCGCUGCUGCCGUGCCGCCACCGCACUAUUUCUGUUCUCAUCCUGAAGCAAAGUUCUUAACCCAAGGUACUAUUUCUGGAUUAGCGGAGUCUGUAACCUGAAGCGUCUGUAACCCGAGGUACCACUGUACAGCAGCAUUUCUAGGGGAGCACCUACAUUCCAUCUUAAUCUGUCCUUCAUAUGACCUUCUUACAGCUAUUCCAGUGGAAGACAUAUGGGCAUAAACCGCCUCUUUCCCCCUUAUUAGCUGUUCUUAUAGUUGGAACCUGUUCUUCAGCAGAAGCUGUAACCAGUGUUAGAAACUGGGACAGAAAAUCUAGGAGCCAAGUGGCUCCUGGAAUCUGGGUUGUAGGCGCCAAAACAGAAUGUCUAGCCACCAUUUGUGGGGGGUGGGGUCAUCACUUUUUAUUUAUUAUUUUGAUAAGCAUGAAUUAAUAUGCAAUUCACAUUAGAGACACAUUGUUAAUAUCACAUUUUCCCCCAGAAAUUGUUAAUACAUGUUUAAUUUGGUGUUUAUAAUAAAAAUAUUGGUACCAUACUUCAGUUUUCAAAACACUGUACACUUUAUUGUUAAGGCUUCAAAGCACAUUCAUUUCAGUAAUUCUUGAGUGUCAGCCAGGCGCAAAAAAAUGGCACCCAGAUUUUUGGACUUUUCACAAAUGGAGAAUCUUUAGGUGCAAAAUGUGCCUGGCACCCUGCUAAUUUCGAACCCUGGCUGUAACUUAUUUGCCAUUAGGCCUUCUCAUGACUUAAAAAUGUGUUGAGAACUAAAAUAUAUCAUGGCGUUGCAGGUUCUUUUUUAAGUCUGUCAUAAUGGUUUUAAUAAUGAAAGUGAGAAUUCAACUAUGUUUACAGCCUUAGUUAUAAGCAUUUUCAUUCCCAGAUUUUUGGUGGUGCAGAAGUUAAAUUAAUGCCUUCCAUAACUUACAUCUGGUGAGAAUUAGUGGAGUCGUACUAUCCUUUGGAUGAGAAGGAUUAUCAUUGUAAUUAAUCACACAUUUCAAGGAAGUUCUGAAACCUUUAACUAGGAGUUCUGCAGAAAUAAUACACUUAAUAAUAUCCACAUCUCUCCAACCACUUUAUUUUACUACUGUGUGGUGUAAAUUAAAUACAUUUACAACUUGUUGUUUUUAUGCUAAUUAUUUGACAGUAUUUUACUUUACCAUCUAAGGUUGCUGCUGCGUACCCUUAAGCAUUAUGGGUCCGCAGUUCACAUGAGCACAGUUCAGCUCAAAGAAAGGGGCAAGGAAGUGGUUUUUGCUGAUUUCCCCUGCAGUCUCUGAAAACCUUCUCCAGAAGAUUGAAGGACCCUUUGUAAGAGCAUGGGAGAUGGUGCUGGGGACUGCUGGGGAAGAGGGAAUUGGUUAAAACUCAGCUUCUUCCCCCCCAUACAUGAGUAGCAGCUUCUACUGAGUCACAACUUCUUGUAGAAAUGAAAGGAGCCCUUCUCUGGAUCCAAACCAAUAUUUGUAAUUUCUCAGGAAGUGUAUUUUAAUUACAGCCUGGUUAUGGCUGAUGGGAACUGUGCUUUCCAUAUUUAUUUAUUUACUUUUCCUUAUAGACUACCCCUUAUACAAAAUUCCAGAGCAGUAGACAUGGGGGAAUCCUGUGUUUUACAGCCAUACCAUAGAGCUAAAUAUAAUCUUUAAAUAUAAUUCCUGUGUGGAGCUUGAAAUUAGUAAUCUCAGGUUUAACAGACAACUUAGUAGGGAGUCCCAUAAUGUUUGGGUUGAUGGUGAGUGUGUGUGUGUGUGCGCGCGCGCGCAUUGUGCCUUAAGAAGCCUUAGACCGCUCCUAACAGAUGUGAGUGGACAGUGGAGUUGCACACUUUCUCCAUUUCCAGUACUCCUUCAUUUCAAAGCUACAUCCCGAUUGAUGUCACAACUUUAUACCAGACACAGACUUGUACAGGCAGCAACUAUUUUGGGGGUGUCUGAUAUGUGUGUGACUGCACACACAUGCAUCACGCCAAACCUGGAAGUAGCCUGAAAAUGCCACAAAAAGGGGUGGGGCAAGGGCAGAACAGGGUGUUUGCAGACUUUUUCAAUAGUGUUUCAAAUAUAUGCGAUUUCACUUAAAUGCGGAUGCCUUAGAAUGUAAACUGGGAGUUGCCUGCAAUAAUAAAUUUCUCUUCUGUUGAUUUCGGGGGCAACACCAGUUGCCUCACCCCUAUUGACUUUAGAACUGAGUUAGAAAAGCUUCAGUAAAUUAUGUAUAGCAUUGAUUAACAUGCAUAUAUUGGACAAAACAGACACAUGCGUUCUCAAAAUGAAAUAUUUAUAUAAAAAAUAGGCUUUUUGCUUUUCUUUGGUAAGUGAUGGGCAUCUCUGCAUAACUGAAUUAAUAAUAUGCUGGAAAACCAGUAGCUUUCUGCUGAAAAGCACCGCCCCCCAAAAUAGCUGGAAAUGUUAAAGAGUGCUUGUGGCAAAGCAUUUACUACCAACCUUAAAUUGCCCUUUUUAAAAAUAAAUAAAUAAAUCUGGCUUCUUUCUGUGGAAGUAAAUAAAAAAUCAGUUGCAUUUUGAGUAAAAUGGAUUUUUCUCUGUGGUUGUUACAGAUCUUUCAGUGGUUUUAAUUUGAAUUGUAAUUAUGAGUAGAGCUACAAUAUUAGGCACAAUUAUUCAGUCAAAUUCCUGUUAGAAAACAUGCCAAACUAGAAUUCUGGUGGGUUUUAAAAUUAUAUUUUUCUUGUACCAAAUAUGGACGAAAGAAAUCAUGACUGCCUUUGUAAGUGAAUAUUUGCUUUGGAAAAUAAUACAUAGCUCCACAGAGGCAAACACUACUCAGUUUUGGGGUUCCUAAUGUUGGGUCAUUCCAACUAUCUUCUGAUAGAAGCAAUUGUCAGCAACUGAUGCUGACAGAAGCAAUCGGAUUCUUGUAUCCAUGGCUUGUUAAACUGACAUAAACAUCAAACCCUUUGCCCAUGCACCCAAACCCUUUGCUGUUCUCUUCAUGGUGCACUUCAAUAAUACAAGAAAUAAAUUGUGGUUUCCCAUUUCUGCUGAACAAGAUGACUAUGGUGACCAACUUUGAAACAAGCCAGAAUCUUAAAAUUUCAAACUGUGGCUUAAGAUCAUGGUUUGUUCUGAAGCUGGUGGUUAUAGUUUCCUGGUUUGGAGAAAUGGGAAACUGUGGUUAAUUAAGCCUUUCUGAUUUUAUUCUUCUAAUUAGUAAAGCACUUGCUUGCCAAAAUGGCUCCCUAAGUGGUUUAGAAGUAGAAAACGGAUUAUUAAAAAUAUAGCUAUGGUGUGUAUAUACAGUGUGUAUAUUCUGAGAAGGUCUUGGCUGCCCUGGCCCAAAAUGGGCCAGAGCUUCAUAAGCUGUUGGAUUCCUAAACUGAAGUGCCCACUGUUGUUGUUGUUGUUUUUUAAAAAACUAUUAGUUCAAUAGGCUUUUGUAGUAGGGCAUAGCUUGACAUGCCAUAGCCUGACAUACUAGUUAAAAAGAAAAGAAAAGGCAAAAUAGACCACAGGACAUGCCAUAUAUCUGGAUCGCAGCCAGCUGCUGAGUACAAACAGAAAGGCCAACACCUUAAGUCUCACUUUAUUUCUGUGGGAAAUUAUUGAAGUUUUGGAUACAGCAGUCCUUCAGAGGUUGGGGAAUGGAAAGGAGUCUGACCCAAUGGGCUGUCAGUUCCAAAGCCCUGCUGGGGCCAGGACAGAAUUGGUGUCUAUAUGUGGCUUUUUCUAGCCCCUUGCCUUUUUGUUGCUAGUUCCUCUUUUAAAUGUUGGGUUAAUUUUAAUUUUUUUGUUCCAGUGGCAGGGAAAAUAGCCACACCAGCUCCGAGGCUGGCGUAGCCCCCCAUCGCCUAUUCCAUAAGCAUGCUUGGGGGAUGAGGGGCCUAUGGAUUCAGCAGAUCCAAAGCAUCCCCUAAUCCUCCCUGUCAUUCCCCUGGAACACCCACUUUUUGACCUUAGGACACGAGGCAGAUCAGCAACCAUGGUAGAACUUGGAGCCUCUCUGAGGAGGCCUCCAACUAUGGUCCACAGCAUCCAACAGCCACCUGCUCUUUUCAGGAGCUUAGAAUUCCAACCCCUGAGCUGAAAUCUAUUGCCAUGGUCUGUGAAGAUACAAUGCAGUCACCUUGUUGAAGCUAAGCAGAUCUGGAAUCCUGCCAUUGUCUGUGUGGGAGACCUUCUGGGAACCCCACAUAGUUCUAGGAAGGCAAGACGGAAUUGUACAGCUCCUAACUGUUCUUAUCCUACAUUUUUGCAGUUAGUAUUUUAUUGUAGUUGUUCUUUCUUAGUCAGUGUAAAACAGUUUUAAGGAAAAAGAUAACUUCACUAAGACAUGGUUGUUGCAGGGAAGCAGAUUGCUCUCUUCCUGUGACAUUUUCUAUUGUCUACAUCUUCUAUUUCAAAAUGACCAGGGAAAUGUGUAAACUUCCUUUUGUAUCCAAUAGAUAGAGAUUCUUAAUUAGCAGCUGCUUGUAUUUGCUGACAUAAAGGAAAUGAAUGGACAUUUGUGAUUAUUGCACAUCUGUUGUUUUGUGUUAAGUAUCCUGUAUGCUGGUGAAGCUGUCUUCAAUAUCCCCCUACCCACACAGCAAAGGUGAAAUGGAGGCAUAUGUUUGCUUUGUUAUAACAGUUACAGAUAUGGCUACAGUCAUAAAUUACUUAACCCCAUCCCCAUUUCCCUCAAGCUAGUCACAAAAUUGUAUAUUGUAUCAUGUGGAUCACUGAAAGCAUCUUCUGGAGUUACAGUUGCAUAGUCUGCAUUUUUGAGUUGUAGUUCUGUGCAGUAAUUGUACUUCUCUUCUUCUUCAAAAGCCUUUGAUGCAGAGUCCUAGCAAUGUCUGUUCAGACUUAAAUCCUACUUACUCACUGGAAAGUGGGGUAAGGAUUGCAGCCUAAUCCACAACAUUAGGGAUAUUUGUAAAUUUGUCUAGAUGUGCACUGAGCAUGACUUGCUUGCCUUAUGUAUAAACUUGCAUAAGUUCUUUAUUGAUUUUUAUAAUCUUCCUUGCACUUCCUUAACUGAAAAUAGUCAAAUGGAAAGUAGCAUCUGUUGGGAAGCAUGAAGUUAUAUCUAAAUAUUGUUUAUGGCGCCAGCCAAACAGUGCAGGUUAAACCAACAGAAUUGAGAUCCAGCUGGACAAGGGCAUCUAACAUUCCAUUGUGUUCAUCUCAUCAAGUAUAUUUUUAUUUUUGCCUAUUGUGUGUUUAUGUUCAUGUGCACAAGAUAGCUUUCAAAAUUAACUUCCUUACAAGUUUUCCUGCCCCCUUUGAACGUAGCAGUUUUAUGCAUGUAUAGAAACAGUGUAACCUGCUUUUCGUAGUUUGAUUCAGUAACUGCCUGCUCUCUAUUAGUAGUAGCAGCAUUUUGUGUGCCUUAAGAAAUGCUUUUUGCAUUUGAGUUAAAUUACAGUGGUACCUCAGGUUACAUACGCUUCAGGUUACAGACUCCGCUAACUCAGAAAUAGUACUUCGGGUUAAGAACUUUGCUUCAGGAUGAGAACAGAAAUCGUGCUCCGGCGGCACGGUGGCAGCAGGAGACCCCAUUAGCUAAAGUGGUGCUUCAGGUUAAGAACAGUUUCAGGUUAAGAACAGACCUCUGGAACGAAUUAAAUACUUAACCCGAGGUACCACUGUAAAUGUGUGAAGCUUUUUAAAAGCAAAUUUCUGUAGGACAGGAUUAAUCUUUUAAUAGCGCUUUCUCCUAACUCUCCACCUGAUCUAGGGAUAGGUUCAGGUAGGUAGCCGUGUUGGUCUGACGCAGUAUAAAUAUAUAUAUAUACAAAAUAAAUUGUCCACACACAAAAGCUCUUCCUGCAUCUUUGGCUAUCCACAAAUAUCCAUGGAGUGGUUUGAAUUGCCAUGCAGAUCUGAAUAUUUCUUGUGCAUUCAUGUUUUGAGUGUGAGGUAAUAGCCGCACCAGAGAUUUAAAGCACAUGGCUUCCCCCAAAGAAUCCUGGGAACUGUAGUUUAUCCCUCAGAGAGAUACAAUUACCAGCCUCCUUAACAACAGUUCCCAUGCUUCUUUGGGGGAAGUCAUGUGCUUUAAAUCUCUGGUGUGGAUAUGACCUGAGUGUGCAUUUUUAAAUCCUCAAAUUGGUGACUGGAUCCACAAGUGCUUAAACAAGAACUGAUUGACUUUAAAAUCAUAUACUGUUCUGUUCUUGAAGCACAUAUAAAAACCAUAUAGGCUAAGCUUCACUGUGCGAUAUGGGUUGCAUUCCUCAUUGAAAAGCAUGUGUGUUACAAAGUGAAAUACAGACUUAGGAGAACCAAGGAGGUGUUCUUUUUUUCUGCAGAAAAUGUCUCUUCCUCUUCCCCUUUAAGAUCUAUCAUGUUUCAGUACCCACAAGACCCAGAAGUUUCAUGUUUAUCUUCUAGCUCUCUUAAUGUUUUUCUGCUGCAUUUUCUGGGACACUUUUUCACAAAAACAGGGUACGCACAACUCCAAAUCACAGGCAAUUAUUGGCAUCUCUACCAAACCCUUUGCAGGGUCUUAGAUGUGCACCCACAAAGUCCCCCUCACUUCCAAGGUCUUUGUUGUUCAUUAGAAUAGAAUAAGCAGAGCUGCUACCUCUACUGAGAUGAGUGGGGUAACCUAGAACCUGUACAAGUAUACCAAAGCAUAUACUGGGCUGCUGAUGUAAACAAGUACCAACCAGGUAGUACUACUAGCUACUGAAAUUAAUAAUGACUUGUUGAGCAGCAGCAUUUUAUAUCUGAAUGCCUUAACAUCUAUACUUGUACUAGGAAAAUGCUUCUUGUCUCUGUUUCUCCCACAAAAGUACAUGGAACGAUUUCAACAUGCAUGGAAUACUUGGCUUAAAUGUUGUGAUGUGGACCUUUAAAGUAGGGGAAAUGAAACACGAACCUUUUUAAAAACAGUGACUAAAUGCUAUUUAUCAGCAAAAGUAUCGCUUUUGGAGGAGGAGAAACUAAACAUCUGGCUUCCCUCUAGAAAAAUUAUAUUUUUCCUUUGACCCUUUGUAAAAAUAAAUAUUUUUCUAAUAGUUUUUAUUUUGAAGGAGUUGAGCAUUCAGCCUAAUCAAAGGAAUGUCACUAUUGCCAAAGCUGUUGUUUGUUUAGGCUUUGUUUUGCUUUUAAGAUUGCGCCAGCAACGGUGGAAUUUCCACAGAAAAUGCAAACUCCAUUUUCUACUUAUUUUAAGUGUCGGUUUCCAAAACUGCUAUUAAAUACUGGGCAAAGGAGACUGUGGCACUAUAACACCUGUAAGAAUCCUCUAAACAUGUAUCUCAUGGUAAAUGAUUCACCUCUAUUGCACCUCUGAAGAGUGUGUGUGGAAUUUUCUGACCUGUAGAAGAGAUGGUUGUUAAUCUGACUAGGAAUCUCUUUAGCAGAAAGUACUGUACAGUACAAAAGUCAAGAGUGGUUUUAUUCCUGAGACAUAUUACAUCUGUUGACCAUUUGUGUGGAAAGCUACACCAAAGUGUUCUAGAAUAAGGUUACCAGACAUCCCCAUUUCCCGGGGACAGUCCCCGGAUUUACAAAUCCGUCCCCAUACAAAAUCCAUUGAAGUUGAAAAGUGUCCCCGGAUUCAUUGAAAAAAAUCUGGUAACCUUAUAGACAUGAUUGCAGCAGAGAGCUGUGGUACCUAACUGGACUUUGAAAAUUUGUGACCACAAAUUUCUAAGGUGACAGCUGUUGUGAAUCAGCUGAUGUUCAUGCAUAUAGUAAAUACAACAACCAUUUACAAUUGCAUGGAAAAUGACAAAUGCCAUGGCCAAGAUAUAUGCUCAUACCUGUGUUCAGUAGCGGAGAAAGGUGGGGGUGGUUGGGAUGAUCCACCCCGAGUGCCAUCCCUGAGGGGGGUGGCAUUGCUGCAGGCGGCACCCCCCCUCCGGGACACACACCACCGCCAGUGCACCCCCCGGGAUGCCCGGCGGCGGCACACCCCCGCAGGCGGCUAGCCCCACCCCUGUGGGCUGCUCUGGGUGCUGGAGCAGCUAGCUCUGCCUCUGCCUGCAUUGUGCCAUCUAAUGACUUGAGCUAUAUUUACUUAUACAUCUUAGGAGGAUUAUAGAAUCAUCAAAUUGUAGAGUUGGAAGGGACCAUCAGGGUCAUCUAGUCCAAUCCCCUGCAAUGCAGGAAUCUUUUGCCCAAUGUGGGGCUUAAACCCACGACCCUGAGAUGAAGAGUCUCAUGCUUUGCAUAUUCUAAUUGGCCCCCUCUGAAUUAUUUAGUUUCAUCAAACUUGAUGUGAACUUCAAUACAACAUAAGGACCUUGCACUGGGAACUUUGAAAAGCAUAUGCAGAUGCUCCAUAUGCAAGUUGUGCCUAUAAAAAUAUGCCCCUGAGCUCACUUGAACCACAAGGAGUGCAAAAUAUUUGUUAAAUAAUUUUAAUAUGUGAACUGAAAGAUAGCAAAAACUUUGUUUAUUUUGCCUUUAAAAAAUGAAAAUCUGAAAUAUUAUAAUUGUUGCAUUUAAUGGGUUUGAAAUGAGCACGUUCACAUUUUUUUGCUUGCCAAGUUCAGGAAAUGGAUCUUGCUUUUAUCUUAGCAGAUGAUUAAAGACUUCUACAUAGGAUAAGCUUGGGAAAAUGACAGCUUUUGGCUGAAUGGCUACCUUCCACAUUAUAGUUCAUCACUGUGGCUCUUAGCAAUCUGCAGAUUCAGCAGAAAGGCAUCCGCAAGCCACAGUUGCAGUGGAGACUGAACUCUGUACGUUACAACAGUCUAUUUUGCUACCUUCCCUCUAAAGCAUGUUGGUAUGGAUGGAAGCCUGGGCUCUGGCAAAGUCUUGCGGAGUCAACAGAAUGUUUCUCCCCCCCCCCCCACUCUAGACCUGCAAAGUUAUAAAAUAUCUGCACAAGUAAAAACAUCACCAUCAUAAUAUAGAUAAGACAUCAGGAAAUGGACAAUUACAUUAUAUUCAUAUUGUGCAUGUUGCUAGAAAGUAUACUGGGCUCUUUUGCUAUUCACUAGUCUGUGAGAAAUUCUGAAUGAAGUGAGGCCUUUCCUUAUUUGUGUUUCCUGGCAACAUAAUGUGUUCCCACCUCUUGGGUUAUAGUGUGUGUGUGUGUGUGUGUGUGUGUGUGGUGUUCCCCUCACCCAACUGGUUCCUUGGCUCAAGACUGCUGUUCCUGAUGACCUAGUUUUAGCUGUACACAUGAGUCAUCAUCUUUAAAGGGGACCUACCCUGAAGUGCGCUGGCAGGAGUACAUGGAUUGUUUAUUAAUACAGUAUUGCAUUACAUAAUGUGUUCAUAGCCCAUUGCUGCGUUGUAUGUAGCUUUGUUCAGUUAGACAUGGUUAGAAGUAUUGCAGUCAAAGAACUUUUACUAGACUACAUUUGCCCUAUGUUUUUGUAUAGCACCUGAGAAGAAAAAAAUCUCGGAGUGCCCAUGUGCUGGCAAAGGCCUAAGUUCAAUACAGGUCCUUUAAAAAUGCAUCGUUUUUUGGUAAUGAGGAAGGGUUUACAGAAUUUGCAGCAUGUGGGGCUUUAGAAUUUGCCGCUAAAGGAAGACCGGCUAAUAGACAUAAAUGCAACAGUCCAUUUCAAAUGAUUCAUGAAAGUGCCAGGUUUCCUUUCCUAACUGUCUGUGGGUGACAAAUGUACUCAGUACUGAUGAGCUGGCUUCGAACUGGCCGUGUUGAUACCAGCCUAAAAAGUUUUUUGGCAGUUGACUCUUACUGUGCACAUGUCCAACCUCAAUUUUUGGGUCACUAUUUUUCUUUAAAAUGCUUAGAAAAAACAAGCUGGUUCUAAAUUGGCCACUUAAAAUGCUGCCUGCUUUGCCAUUUAAUAAUAUGUUCAGAUUUGGUAAGGAAAGGUUGGGCAGGUGGUUGGCUGCCAGACAGUGCACUCAUGCAGUGUACACAAAAAGGUGCACUCAUGCUUAUGUUUAAGUGAAUUAGUGUAUAUGCAAAUAAACUGGCAUUUCUGAGUAGCUGGCUGUUUGUAUGUGUUCUUCAGUCCUUUUUUUAACCAGAAACCUGUAGUGUUUCUCCUCUAAGAGGACUGUUUUUAGUAACGAUUUGGUUCGAAAGCUGACAUGUGCCAGCCAGUGAAGGUGCACAGCAGUCUUCAUACUAUUCUGAAUAUGCUGGUGUAGGGCACUGUGACCUUUCUGGCAUCUAUCCCCUAAACUCUUUUUGCCCAAUAGGCAUGACUCAUUCUAUUCUUUGUAUAAUGUGGAUGCGCACCAGUAACAAAAGUCUGUCUGUCCGUCAGGCCUUGUUUGAUUUGCUUUCAUUUUAUCAGUAUCUGCGCAAUUAUACUGCAGAGAAUAGCUGAGGGCAUUGUUUCUUGAAAUGCCUUCUGACUGACACAGGCAGAGCUGGGAAUUGUGGUGAGAUCAGACUGAACCACUGAGCUUUACCUCCACUUUCUUAUUUAACAAUAUGAGGUUGUAUCGUACAGGGUGAGGGGUGUUUUGGUCCUCCAAAUGUUGUUGGACUCCAAUCCCCAUCUACUUUAGUCAGCAUGGUCAGUGGUUGGGGGAUGAUGGAAGCUGGGGUCUAAAAACAUCUGGAGGGCCUAAGUAACUUACUGGUUUCAGUGUCUGGGUUGUUUCACAGCAUAAUCUUCCAGGAUGCAUUUCAUAUUUCUACCUGCAGAUCUGCUCCUGGACUGAAUGCUAGAAGUUCGGCAAACUGAAAUUAAACUUUCUGCUUUGGUUCAAAGAAAAUAGGUUGUACUGAGUAUACAUUGGUUGGUAGCACAUUAAGUAACCUUGGAAGAUUAUUAAAAGGCUAUUUAUGCUGACUUCAUUGGGAUAACAAAAGUGUUAACUGCCUUAGGUUGUUAGGUAGAAUUAAUGAGUCAGCAGCAUUGCCACAUUGCAAUGUUACAAUGAUUUGCUCGCAAGGUUUAAAUAGACUUUUGCUCAUACAUAACCAUAAGGAAUGCCAAGCCAAACAUUACCCCAUUUCCUCGUUCUCUCCUUGCCAAUACAAAUUAUAGUUGUAAAAUUUUGCCCUUGUGUAAAGUUCAGUUGUUUGUGUGCUGCAGGUCUUAAAUUGUCUUCAGAGUGAGUGUUUUUCCGUGUAUCAGCAUCUCCCAGUAAGCUCCCUUGCAUUUAAUGUGAGACCUUAAAUUGAAACAGCCACUGGAAUGGGUCAGGCUGGCUAAACAUUCAAAUCUUAUGCAUUUGGACUGCCCACAUAAUUAUUUUUCAUGCACAUACAUUGGAAACUGUUUUAUUCAUUACACCCAUUAUUUGUUGUGGAAUAUCUUUCCCUCCUAUCAAUCAGAAUGACCCCCCAGGGAAAAGAGUUUAGAACUUUUCCCACUAUAUUUUGUAGAAUCCAUUAUCUGCUUAGAAAAAAAGAAAAAGCUACCAAAAGACUACUGUAUUGUACUUGUCUGCUACGUAAUGGUUUGUUUUGCCUUGUCUCUGCAGCCUUUACAGCAGGUGUGACUCACCUGUGGCCCUGCAGGUGUUCCUGGGCAAGAACUUCCAUCCCGCCUGACUUUUAGUCAUGCUGGUUGAUGGGAGUGUGUGUGUGUGUGUCUCUGUGUGUGUGUUCAACAGGCAUGUUUUGUUUAAACAUUUCUUAUGAUGAAAUCUGUAGAAACAUUCAAAGGUGCCUGCAAUCUUUUUUUCUGGCAGUUUUCUCAUCCUUUCAUUCCUUUUGUUUUGCCUUACCGAACAUGCUGUGUGAUCAGGACUCCCUCUAGUGACAAAGGCUAUGUGACUUCAUAGGCAGCUUGUCGAUAACCGCUCUACAAAUCAGCAUGUGACGUGAUGAACUCAGAUUUGAUUUGGAUAUUUGUUCGUUUUUGUAUAUGCAUCCAUUCUCAAUUAUCAGUAGAGGGGGGGCAGGGGGAAGCAUAUCCUGUGUUACACAUAAUAGCUAUUGUAUUUGGUAGUUUAGUCUGAAGAAAAUAUAGGGAUAUUAGAGAUGUAUUUUUAGACAGGGCAGAUCCCAUUUAGACUGAGAAUAUAACGAACCAUAUAACAAACUUUCAGUAUAAAAUACCAGUGUCUCCGUCAUUAUAUGCUAAUCAUGGUCCCUACUAAUUAUUUGUGUGUUCAUGAUAAUGGAGGAUUCUUUUCUUAACCAGUCAAAUCGAGUUAAGAGUUGUUAAGAAUAUGAUGCCUUAACAUAUGUAAUCAUGAAAACACGGUUUUGAUAUUUCUGUGAAGUGCUUGGAAUGAAGUAGUUUGGUUUAACGAAGUUCACUGAAUUAGUUGAGUGAUCUUUGAACUACACCUAGAAGUCCAGGGCUGGUGCAUCCCAUUUUGACACUUGAGGUGAAAUGAGAGGUGCGGCCAUGACAUGGUGGCGCUCCUGUGCCACGCCGCCUUCACCAAAGCCUCUCUUCCCUAAGUUGUGCAGUAGCGGUACAAAGCAACUCUAAUGGCAGAUUCUGACACAGUCAUGAAAUUUUGGCAAGAUCUCGCAAAAAUCCAGCGGAAAUCAGUGCUGAUGCCUGCAUUACGACUCUAGCUGUGGUGGGGCAGGCAGGGUGCUUGCAGUGGUGCCAUCUCAGGGAAUUCUGCCACCUCAGACCGGUGUGUCAGUUUUUUUCAGGGGGUACUCAAUGGUAUGCAGUACAGGCACCUCUUUUUGUUGUUGUUAUACAGUGUGGCACUUACUCUAACAACUUCAUGGUGAAUACCGGCACCUAUUUUUCUAGAAAAAAGCACUGCCUAAGACGUCUGCUUCACUCUGCCUCAUGGGUGUGCUGGCCCUGUAGAAGCCAUUUCCAUAAUUGUUGGGUGAACAAAAUGCCAAUUAAGUCUGUAUCAGUGUUGAACUUCUAACGAUUUCUCAUUCAUCUUCAAGUUCAUUCUCUUUCAUGUGUGCCCCCCCCCCCCCCCGCGCAGACUUUUGGGACCUUAGGCUUAAGGACCACAUAAGUUGGGGGAAAUAAGCAAUUCAAAUUCCACUGUUAUUGUUUCAAUAUUUAUAUUUUCUGCCCUUUAAAAUUUAGCACAGCAAAGCAGUAUGUCAUUCAAAAAGCCACAGUUCAAUUACACAGCCUGCAGUGUAAAAGGAACAUUAAAAAUCAGGACAGAAGUGCUAGCAGUAUAACCAGCAAAACUAAUGCAACAAUGCAGCCCCGAAGUGUGUCUAGCCAAUACGAUAUUAACUAGCACAGCUCAUUCUUGUGGUAGCAUACAAGCAGGGAAGGUUUUUAAAUAAAUCACUUCAGUUCUGUUGUGACUGAGUGCUUCUUGUAACAUGAUGCUUUCAUGGCCAAGUAGUGUACUGUUAGCAAAGAAAGAUUAAUUGAAGUUUGAGCAAAUUGCUACUUGACAUUGUUUUCACAUCUCUCUAAAAUUAGUCAUGGAAGUUGGCAAGGGUGAAGAUGAUGUUCUAAGGUUUCAUGAUACUUAAUAGGCCACUUAAGUUAAAAAAACACAAACCCAACGUACUCACUCGGCUUUUCCCAUUCUACAGCUAAAAAUCCAAAAUGAUCACUUACCGUACAAUGCUAUGUGUCUCAUUUUGUUCUGUAGGGCUUAUUCCCAGAAAUGUGUGGAAAUAGAAACCUUCCUCUGUGGUUUGGUUGAUGAAACAAAUAUUAAUCCAUUUUAAGUAAUUGAAUUUAUGAAGUAUUUCUGGUUGGUUGGGACUGGGGUGAGGUUUCGUUAUUAGCUUGAAGACACCAAUUAUGUCCUUGUACCAGAGGCAAAACUCUUACUGGUGACUGUCUACUUACAGAAGGAAUCUUAUCAGUGGAACAGAGAGAAAGGUAAUUUUUAAUAGUGCAGCACCCUGCUCCCCCCUUAAAUUGACUGUGUUUGGGUUCCAGUUGUAUGGGCAGUAUGAGGACCAGAGAGCUGAAGUUGAAUCCCAUUAAGUUUGAGACUCAGUGAGCAGGUGGUUCUCUUGUCUCAGGUUUCACUGUCUCUGAGAGAGGAGGUGCAUAACUUGGACUUGCUCCAGCUGUGCUACUUGAGGACCAGGUGGCCUUGGUGGCUCAGAGUGCCUUUUACCAGCUUCAGGUGGUUCCCAGACAGGGAUAGACUGGCCAUGGCAGUCCAUGUUCUGAAUUGGGUUGUUGCAGUGCAUUGUAAGUGGGGCCGCCCUUGAAGAUGACUCAGAAGCAGGGCUGGCCCACACAUGAGACAAGGUGAGGUGACCACCUCAGGCAGCAGGAUCCACAGGGGCAGCAGAUCCUGAUAUAGAUCCAGAAGCUUUAGCUAAUGCAGAACGUGGUUGCCAAAAUGUUAAGUGGUGUGGCCAGAGAGAAUUAUGUUUAAUUGAUCCUGAGGGAUAUGCACUGACAUUUGCUUCUGCUUUAUGGUUGUUAUCUAUGGUCUCAUUACUAUUUUUGGCCUUAUUUUGUGCAUCACCCUGAUAUCUGAUAAAGCGAGGUUAUAAUAUAUUUUCACAGUGAAGCAAAUAGUGGGGAAAUGGCUGGGAUUAAAUUAUUCUGCUUGGCAUUCCUCUGGAUGUCUUGAGGUUGAUGCUGUGCAAACAAGAACAAUUCCUAUUGAACUUGGUGGGACUUACUUAGCUGAACAGAGAAUGGAGGUGUGUGCUUUAUUUUUCAAAAAUGAUUUUACUGUUUUGACUUGAAGGCAAGGCCCUAAAGCAGGCGUAGGCAAACUCCGAUCCUCCAGAUGUUUGGGACUACAAUUCCCAUCAUCCCUAGCUAACAGGACCAGUGGUGAGGGAUGAUGGGAAUUGUAAUCCCAAACAUCUGGAGGGCCAGAGUUUGCCUAUGCCUGCCCUAAAGGGUUUGCCAGAUAUUUUCAUUCAUAUUUGAUUCACUGGCUAGUGUUCACUAGCAGGACUUCUCUGUUGAAUUUUUAAGUUAACUCACCCCCCCCCAAAAAACCCUUUUUCAAUUAUAUGGGCCUGUGUAUUCCUUAAAUGAGGAUGGCUAAUCUGUGGAGCUCCUGUUGUUCUUGGGACUCCAGUUCCCACCAUUCCCAGCCUGCAUGGCCAGUGGUCAGGCCCUGGGCUGGUGCCCAACAUGGCCAACAGCUGGUGCUGGGACUGGUCAGGGAUGAUGGGAGUUGUAGUCAGACAAUGUCUGGAGGCCUCAGGUUCCCUAUUCCUGCUUUAAAGGAAAUGUUUUCCCAAACUGUUGGUACUUUACUCAAGCUCAACGACACAUGAUAGGGUCAGCGAAUUCUUUGUGUUCACAUAUAUCAAUUUGUUAGCUUUGUUUGCCCUUUUGCUGAAGUGUUUUAUAGGAUGUGUGUGAAUUAGCUUGUAACAGUAUCCUGAACUUACAGAAAAGUGUUCCCCUGCUGGCUUUGGUAUGAGAACAGUUUUCUUUCUUUAUGUCCCUCAGGUUUCACUGAAUUGGUCUCGGCUGAGAUGCCAGAUAAAACACCAGAGGGUAAAGAAACCUUAUCCAGGAAUGAAGGUCGGUAUUGUUUUUCUCUUAAGAAAACUUGUUCUUUCAUUUUCUCAGAAUACAUAAUGUAAGAAAUAUAAUAUCAAUCCUUUUUUGGUGAAACUAUCUUCUCAAAUGUAGUGUUUCUCCCCUUUCCUGCUUAUUUUAGGCAUUAUUAUGCAAAAAUGUUUCAUUUCUGAAAAGUUAGUUUGUGGUGAGGGAAAAUGAGAGAGAUGAUUCAAACAAUGUUUGGGUGGCUAGGGACAUGUUAGGUUCCUGUAUGGUGUGUGUGGUAUUUGGUGACUUGGUAAGUUUUUAUGUGUGAUAGCCAAUGUUGGGUAAGUACAGUGGUACCUUGGAAGUCGAAUGGAAUCCAUUACGGAAGUCCAUUUAACUUCCAAAACGUUCGGAAACCAAGGCGCGGCUUCCGAUUGGCUGAAGGAAACUGCGAAAGCUGUGUCGGAUGUUCAGGUUCCAAAGAAGGUUCACAAAUCGGAACACUCACUUCCGGGUUUGCGGCAUUCGGGAGCCAAAAUGUUCGAGUCACAAGGCGUUCGUCAACCAAGGUACGACUGUAUAAGUCUACUUGCACAGCAAAAUUAAACUGACUGCGUAAUCUUGUAUGUAUUGACUUGGAAGUUAAGUCCUAUUGACUUCUAUAGUGGCUACAGGAUUGCAGCCUGAAUAGUAAUAAAGUCGCUUGAUGAUACAUCAAGUAGUGAUAUUUCAACAUUCACUUCAGAUCCAUGUUUUGUAAAACUGAACACAAUAAAUAGCCAAAGCAAAGUAAGGCCUAAGCUCUGCAUUUUCCAUGUUAAUCUGGAGUUUGUUGUUUUGCUUCCUAGGUUUGGGGGGUGGUAAAGAUAAUUAGAACAUAAGAAGAGCCAGCUGGGUCAGGCUAAUGGCCCGUCUAGUCCUACAUCCUGUUCUCACAGUGGUCAAGCAGAAGCCUAUGGGAAACCCACAAGCAGGAACUGAGUAGUAGUAAUGACUUGAUCAGCCAGUCCAUCUUUUUCCUCAAUAAGGCAGUUUGCCUUAGAGUGAUAUUAACCAUUCCCGUGGGUGUUUUAUAGCUAUCGAUGUGCUGUAUUGACAUUUGUAGGAACCUGACAAACUGUUACCCAUUAACCUAAGCUAAUUGUUAUCUGGUAAUGUCAGUCAUCUGUUUGGGGUUCUGUGCUGCUAUCACUUAUUCUUUUCUGAAGAUAGUCAAACAAGGAAUUAAUUGUGUUUCAGAUUUUUAUUGCCCUGCGGACUUUGUCCUUCAUGUGA